UCUGGCAAGCGGAGCAGGGGAAGCUCAGCAAUGGCUGGCUCCCCUCCGGCAGGGCGGAGGCGCUCCUAGGGGCUCCCGGCUCGCGAGUAAGUACGAUCGCGGGGGGCCCCGAGCGAGCGGCCUGCUUCGGGGGCCCCUCCGCCGCCGUCGCCCCUUUAAGGGAGGCCGGACGCGCUGUGUUUAAUGUAUCAAAUUGUGGCGGGUCACGUGAGGCCCCGGAGAAGGGGUUGAGCAGCGCCGCGGCGGUAGCCGCUGAGAGUCGACCGAGCCGGGCAGCGAGGGGCUGGCGGUGGCUGCGGCGGCUGGGGCUAGGCAGGGCUGGGCUGGGCGCAGACCCGGCGGAGGGGAGGGGAGCGAGGCGAGACGAGACGAGGCCCGGGACGGAGGCAACGGCUCCCUCCGGAUUGGACUCCCAUUCUCUCCCUCCUUCCUUCUUCCCCCCCCCUUUUUUGUCCUUGCUCCUCUGGAGGACUUCACGUUUCGUGAUUUAUCGGAACCGAUUGAUUGAUCGAUCGAUUGGCUUAUUGAUCGGUUAAAGGGGCCCUGCUGCUCGGGCGACGCGAAGCCGGGAUCGGGUUGAGCCGCUGUCCCUUUAAAGCCGAGCCGGGGAGGCCGGGGGUGGGGGGAGAGGAGAAGGGGAAAUCCUGCGAUGCGCCCUUGAUCUUUAGUCAUCCUUCCGCCCUUGAGUUCCUUCAUACCCCCCCACCCCACCCCCACCCCUCUCCCCCAUUUCACACCGACCCUAAUGCGCUUUCACCGCCCCUGGGAGAAGAAGAGGAGAGGAAGAGGCGGCGGCAUCGCUACCUAUUCCUAUAGGCAACCCCCCUUCACCUUGAUUGCCACCCCGUCGAUCUACGCAAAAGACCUCGAUUAAUUUUUAUUGUGCCAUCCGCUCUCUCUCUCUCUCUCUCUCUCUCUCUCUCUCUCUCUCUCUCACCCCGGCUCGUUCUCGCAUUAUUUUGCAAACCUUGAGGGGAGGGGGCUAAUAGGUUUUUUUUUAAAUGGGCUGUAUGUAUGCUGAGGAAAGAGAGCUCUUCGCUUAGCUCCCCCAUCCUGCGCCUUGCAUCAGGAAAAGGUUUUUUUUAUUAAAAAAAAUCUAUAUAGGGUUUUGUUUUUCCCCCGGUUGGGGGUGUAUUGAAUCUGAAUAAUCAGACAUAUAAACCUAUUUUCCACCCCUAUCGCCCAGUUUACGUGAUCCGGAACGUCUAUAUUAUUCCCUGCUUUCGUUCUGCGUGAUAGCGUGGCAAUAAGAUACCUCUCCUCUGCAUCCGACAACCUCCCCCCUUUAAUUUUCGUGGGGUCUUUUUCUCUCGGGUUGAAAUCGUGGCUCUGUUCUAUGUUGUUUGUUUCUCUUGCAUGUGGCAAAGGUGAAAGAUCGUCUGAUCCAUUGGUCUGCUACUUAAUUCUUGUUGUUUGUGACUGAGGGAGCAUUAGAAAGGUGCGGAAGAUAGAGGUGCGUGCCUGUGUGUAUGUGUUUGUGUGUAUAUAUAGAUAUAUACAGUAUAUAUAUAUAUAUUUAUAAAUCACACACACACACACACGCACACACAAUUUUUAAAAUAGAAUUUUAUUUAAAAGAUGGGGGGAGACCCAAGAUGGCUGGAGGUGGUUGUGAGGAGUAUGUAGGUUUUUUUUUGAUCUGAUGAUAAAAGCUAAAAGGCACAGCAGCUGCGGCUGUAUAAACUCAAUUUAAAACCCUCCCCUCCCCUCCCUCUCUUCUCUCCCCCCCCCCCAAUCAGGCGCACACUUUGCAGGGUGGUGCCAUCCACCCCUUCUACCCUCCCUCCUGUGUUUUUUUUUAACAGAUUUGUUUCUACUUUCUAAAAUAAAAUUUAAAAAUCUACCAAUUAAAAAAAAUCAGCUCAAAAUGGCUGAGGACUGACUGUGUCCUCUUGGAAUUGUACAUUUCAGCAGUUCCCUUUAAGCUGCUGCUGUCUCUCCUCUCCUCUCCUCUCUCUCCUCCCCCCUCCGGUUUUUUUUUUUUUUUUUUUUGCAGGCUGGUUCCAAAAGGAGAAAUAGCUUUCAUGUCAGAAGGAAAACAGAGAAGCAAAGGGGAAGAGGCGGGGGCUGGGCUCUUCAUUAGCAGUUGAGAAAUUCCUAUUCAGUUUGAUCAAGGCAUACUUGUUUUCCUUCCAGCAAGAGCAACCCAUCACUUUCCAAAAGACCAAGGGUUUUUGGAAGUGGGGGAGGAUUGUUUCCAUUUCAGUCUUGCUAAAAUAAAAAUCGAGGCAGAUUUUAAGAAGGCAGAAAUCCCACGAGGUAUUGUGAGCAGGUUGAUUCUCUGGGUUGAAUUUGUCUUCAGUGGUUUACACCCUCCUGGGUUGUCCUCCCCCUCUUCUCUUCAUUCCUAUUUGUGAAAGGAGCAAAGGAUGGGAGGGUCCCUUUGGCUCUGGGCUGGAAUUUCAUCCGAAUGAUUGACCCGUCUUCCUACUGAGAUUGCACUCUUCCAAAGCCAAUGAAGAAUAUAUAUAUAUUUUGCACCAUUCAGCUGCGUUAGAAGUUAGCUGGUCUUGCGUUUGGAUUGUAUCUCCCAACUUUUUUUGUGGUUUAAUUAAAGACUUGCAUUCUGAACUCUUUGAUGGGAGGACAAAUAAUUUGAAAAGCGAUUCUUUUGAGUUUGGUCAGGAGAGAGACAAGUUCUUUUAAAAUAUCAAAUCUUGGGCAGAAAGACACAAUAAUUUGGCAGUGUUUAACUUAGAAGGUUUAUAUGGCAUUUGGACUCCAUUCUGGAUUUUGUAUGGAAUUUUUUCAGUUCUCGGUAAGUUCUUUGCUUUUGCUUUUUAGAAUCAAAAGUUAAAACUUUGAGUUAAAGACUGUUUGAUUUUAAACCUUGCAAGCUUUUGUGGUUAACUUAAUUGUACCUAUUGGAUCGUGCUGCUGGGUUUUCCGGUGUGUCUCUGUGUGUUGUUUUACCUGGAAUCUUAGGAGAUAAUUCUUAAUUUUAUUUUAUUUUUUUGUUCAUUAGCAACUUAGUGGCCUUUCUGUUGCAAAAGUGGAAACUCAUCACCAUCUGCGUUAGUAGACCAAAAACUGACUUUUUAAAGAGAGAUUGCUGAAAAUAAAAAUCUGUUGGUGUGAGACAUGGCUGAAAACUGGAAGAACUGUUUUGAAGAAGAACUUAUAUGCCCCAUUUGCCUGCAUGUCUUUGUGGAACCUGUCCAGCUUCCUUGUAAGCACAACUUCUGUAGAGGAUGCAUAGGAGAGGCAUGGGCCAAAGAGACAGGGCUUGUGCGUUGUCCUGAAUGUAAUCAGGCCUACAACCAAAAGCCCAACCUUGAGAAGAACUUAAAGCUGACCAACAUUGUGGAGAAGUUCAACUCUCUCAACCUGGAAAAGACUCCUUCCGUCUUGCACUGUGUCUUCUGCAGGCGUGGGCCACCUUUGCCUGCCCAGAAGAUCUGCCUGAGGUGCGAAGCUCCCUGCUGCCAGUCUCAUGUUCAGACACACCUGCAGCAGCCCUCCACAGCACGUGGGCACCUCCUGGUGGAGGCGGAUGACGUCAGGGCCUGGAGUUGCCCCCAGCACAAUGCCUACCGGUUGUACCACUGCGAGGCUGAGCAGGUUGCGGUUUGCCAGUUUUGUUGCUACUACAGUGGGGCACACCAAGGGCAUUCGGUGUGUGACGUGGAGAUCCGGCGCAAUGAGAUCAGGGUAAGUGUGGAAAAUUGCCUCCAUGUUAUUGCUGGUUUUGGUCUGGAAGGUACUAGCAGAGUGUGUGGUGCCAUGCAAGAGAAGCUCAAAAAGUAAAUUCUCUGCCACAGAGGGUAUCCAGUUUAUAAAAGACCAACCCCCCACACCCAAACCCAUUAGAUCUGCCAGGCCUGAUCAAAGGCGCUGCUGAGACAAGGUAAAUAAUAACUGGUGGUGCAAUGAAACUGUGUCCCCCUCCCCUCCAGUUUUCUCGAUUGCACAUCAACUGGAUCAAUAUUGGCCCAGCAGCUCUUUUUAACCUCUAGUUCUGCCAGAAACAGUUUUAUCCUUAAUGAGAAAGGCUGCCUCUUCUGCUCAAAUGUUGCCUUUUACAAUAAGGAGCCAUUCUGUCUAAAGGUGACCUUUCUAUUUCUGUUUAUUUUUUAUUUGUUUUUUUGCAAGGCCUACAGAAAAUAUUUUCCCAUCAGUGCCAAUAAGGGUUUUCUGUGGGUUGCUGUGCGCAGUCUUGCUCCACCUUUACCAGUGCUUGUGCUGACAUCUUAGAUGUGCUGAAAACGAGGAAGUAAACAAAAGCUGACAUGAUCUUUUCAGGCCUCAUUAGAAAUGCAUCAAGGGAAAUAGACCCUCACUGAACAGGAUGUGAUGGGGGAAGGGAAGCGGGUCAAGCGGGCUGUGUGUGUGUGUGUGUGUGUGUGUGUGUGGUGCUUUCAAUUUGAAUGUGGCCAUUCAAACAAUAGUGGGGGGAUGGGGUGUGUGGUGGUGGUCUCUGAGGUUGUUUGUCACCCUGUGAAAACAAUAGGACCUUCAAAUCUUCUAACUGCUCUGCAAACAAUUGGGAGAAUAGGAGGAAAUCUGCUAAAGCUGCAGGUCAUUUGUAUAUAGUUAAGAGAUAAGCACAGGCCUAUUAGCAGGUAUAAAAGGGUUCUCCCUGUAGAUAAUUCUUCUCAGUAGUCAGCAAGUGCUGCAAAUGAUGCUUGGCAACUCCUGCCCCCACAUUGCUUUCUCCCCCCCCUUUUUUUAAUUAAAUAAGCCUCCCUUUGCUCUCUGGCUUGCCCUGGGAACCUUUUCGACAGGCCCAACCCCUCUGCUUCUCUCCCACAAGAAUGGAGCAGAGGGGAAAUCCAAUGGACUGGGCGGCUGAGUGCUCUGAAAUCUGGUUUCGGGCAGCUUUUUCUCCCAGGGGUUGGAAGCCAGGCCUUGAUUACAAUGCAGCUCUCCUAUUGUAAGGCUUGUCAAUGUCAACUCUCCAUCUUCCUCCCUCCCUUCCCUGUCCUUUCUGGGCCAAGCUGCUGAGAAGGGGGAAAAUUCCAUAUGACCUCCGUCCCUCUCUCAUCAUUGCUUUGGCUUCAUGCUCUGGAGGGGAGAGGUGGGAGGCCAUUUCUCCUUUCUGAACCAUCCAGAUGGGAAGGCUUAUCCCAGUGAAAAGCUAUUCUUUAGGGUCAGGAGAAAGGGAGUUUCAUUGGCAUGGCUGCCUCAAUGCCCAGCAGGUUCAGGGUAGCAUUAUGUCCCAUCAGUGGAACCGAGUUUGGGGCAGCGAGGGUGGGGUGGGUGUGUGGAAUGGCAAAGGAGAUAUUUGUAAUUCAAAUAUCUGUGGCUUUUGGAUAUUAAGUUGAAACCUGAGAUAAUGGCAUUAUUGGUUGGUGUUGCACAUGCAGAAAUUGGGGGAUUGGGACAGAAUAUCUCCAUAAGGAUCCAUGAAGGUUGACUGAGGGAUGCAUCCUCAGGGUCAUUUAAUGUAGUUGCAGCAGCGGGGCCUGGCUAAUAGUGGAAAAAGGUGACUGAAGACUGUUAAAAGAAUAGAUUUCAUCCAUAACAGACAGACACACACCACUUCCAUUUACACAUGCUUAUGGUUCUAAUCUGCAUUGGUGAAGGAGACCUUGGAAGCAGGGAGGGAGAUUUUACAGCAGAUUACUUCAGAUUUACUUCAUGGAUGUGAGCCUGAAUAUGUGGCAUAAGUCAAACAGGCAGGCAGGUGUCUGAGGCAGCUUCUUCCCCAAGCCUGGCUGCCUAGGCCUUUCCCCCCUUUGCUCCUCUCCGCUUAGGCCUUUCUCUUCUUUCUGACCUGAUCCUGUUGCCUUGAAACCUCAAAGCGGCGCAAACAGGCCCUCAGCUUCUCAUCAGGCAUCGUUGUGUAGGAUAAAUAUUUAACAACAAAUGAACAGUGGUGCCUGUAAAACAGGGACAACUUCCUGUGUAUUCUAACAGUGCCAAAAUGACUCACGAUUUAGCCAUUAAAAAGCGGAGUGGAGGGAGAGAGAGAAAGAAAGAAAGAAAGAGAGAGAGGAGUUGUAAAUAAAAUUUGCUAUCUCAUUAUUUUCCAAUUGGACAGCCAGGUCCUUGUGGGGAUUUUCGGGGUAGAAAGAGGAGCCUGUGAGCUUGAACAGGAAGGCUGUUUUCUCUCCUCCCCCCCCCCCGUUUUCUUUUUGGGAAGCCAAAAGAUCUCGGUGGAGGUGCCAGCGGUUCCACCACGCCCACACAGGAAGAAGGAAGAUCUAGCUAGGCUGCUAGGAAGCUCAAAGGGCUGGUUUCUCCCUUCCCCCUCCUUUCUUUCUAUUAAUAGGCACCCAUGAGGGAGAAGAGGGAGGAAUGCUGGGUUAAGCAGAAAAGAUGCCUUUUUCCCCCAGAUCUGGGAGAGGCCUGGUGAUGACGUGACUGGUGAAUUGAGACUGGCAAAUCCCAGUGGCAAUUCAGUUUAGAAAGAGCUUGUUCUUAAUGAGUCAAUUUUUAGGAAUUUUUUAGCUGGGUCCACACCCAUCUUUCUGCUAGAAGUUUCUCUUUGGGGUUUCUUUCUUUUGCUGAAGGCUUUUUAAUGUGGAAGCUACGGCCAGUCUUCUUUUAGUCUCUCCCUGCUUUUAGUAGUUGGGCCGCAUUCUGCUCGGGUUGCGCAAAAGUCCUUCCAGAAUCUCCGCUGGGGAUUUGCCUGAAUAAGCAGAGAUGGUCUGGACCAGCUACAGCGGCUGAACUCUGUGUCCUUGUGUUGGGAUGAGCAGAUCUGGGUUCUGUUCUCUCUUCUGCUGGCAAAGAGCUUGCCCAUUGUACAGUGUAGCUUGUGUGCUUCUCUUGGCUCUGCCAAACCUACCACCUUUUGGGUGGUAAGCUACUUAAUGCACGAAGGCUCACUUGUCUCCUAUAGCUCUUUUUAACCACCCCUGAGCUUGUGUUUGCCACUUCUCACUGAAAGUAAUGAGGUUCUUAAAGUUGAGGCUUCCCAUGCAAUAAUAUCUGAAUAGAAUAUUUGCUUAAACUCUGAAAGAACUGAGCUGCUACAUCACUCUGCUGCUCCGUGAAAGAGCACUGCUAGCUUAGAGGUAUGCCCAUCCCAGUUGUCUUUUCACAUAAUAUGCGUCUGAAUGGAGCCAAAGUAUACGUAGUCACUCUUGCACAUUCAUUUUCAAGAGUGUCCCUUUCCCCCUGCCCUUCCUUUGUUUUCCUCUACUGUUGAAAUUUCAGCUGUAAAUGAAGUGGGGGCAGGGACUGGCAUCUCUUGCUUAGGCAGUUUCUUCGUAAAGCACCAUGUGUGUUGUUGGUGAUAUAGCUGCCAGUAUCUGAUGCAGUCUGCACCUCUUCCUGCCUUGAGUGCUGUUACAUUCCCAGUUUCCUUGCUUGAAGGUUAGUACUUCAUUAAAGAAGCAUCAGCCUUGCCACUGUAUCUCUCAUGGCCACCUUUGACUAGCAUGCUGAGAUGUUCCUCCUCCUGACUGUUGUUCUGCUGCUCUGCAAAAAAGUGCGCGCGCGCGCUCUCUCUCUCUCUCUCUCUCCCUCCCUCCCUCUGUGUGUGUGUGUGUGUGUGUGUGUGUGUGUGUCAAACACACACACGCACACCUCCUUUUUGAAAAAUAAAAAUCCCGUUCCUAUAUGCUCCUAUGUGGCAAUUUCCCUGGAAACCUCUUUUAUUUUUUUGGGCAGCCAUGUGAUUUUAGGCAGCACAGAUUUCAUUGUGCAUAUUAAGCAAUCUCUAUCAUGCUUUUUUAAAAAAAAAAUAGGAAAAAGCAUCCUGUCCUAUGAGAAGGAGGCAUUAUUAUAUUAUAUUAUAUUAUAUUAUAUUAUAUUAUAUUAUAUUAUAUUAUAUUUUAUAUUAUAACCCAGUUUUAGUAUGAACUUUAUUCUGCCCCUUCCGUUUUCCUUUCCAGGCCAUUUUCCACUUCAGGGGCUCCCCCCAUGGACCUAAUGUUCAGAAGUGAAAUGAGGCACACUGGUACAAGGCCCCCCUAAACUGUGAACUAGCAUUAGGAGAGGUAUGGGGAGCUGUAGUUCAGCAGCUCCCAUAAUCUCUGAGCAGCAGCCAUUGUGGCUGUGGAUGAUGGAUGUUGGGAGACUAGCAAUGUUUGGCGGUUGGCAGGUUCUCCCGUCCUGCUUUAGGAAAAGGCAGCUAAGAUCUAGACAAGGGUCUAGGGCAAAGAUUAAUAACGAAUGUUUGACCUUUAAACAAUGGAAUUCAUGAGUGGUAAAGUUUAGGGUGCAUCUUCUUGGAGUGUUUCUGCCAAUACUGGAGGACUAUUUUAAUGGCUUAAUUUUGGGUAAAGAAGUGGCAUGUACAGCAGCAGAUGGGAGACACUUAGCUGGUGGUGGGAGGAGAAAUGCAAAUCCAAACUCCUGGAUUGUUGCCAGGUAUGUUAAAGGGCGCGUAUAUAUACUGCUGAGCCUUUAGUCAAGCCUUGUGAGCCCGUUUGUCUUUUUUUAAAUGAAUGAGAACCUAAGGAGAGCCUGCUGGAUCAGGUCAAAGGUGCAAGCUAGCCCAGCACUGUUCAUUCACAGGGACCAACCAGAUUGGGGGGUUGCUGUGUCAAGAUGCUUGCAGUACAGUCAUACCUCGGUUUACAGACACUUCAGGUUGCGUUUUUUCGGGUUACGGACCUACCAAAACCCGGAAGUUCCGGAACGGGUUACUUCCGGGUUUCGGGGAUCACGCAUGCGCAGAAGCGCCGAAUCGCAACCCAUGCAUGCACAGACGCGCCGCUGUGGGUUGCGAAUGCUGCAGGUUGUGAACGUGUAUCCUGCACGGAUCACGUUCGCAGCCCGAGCGUCCACUGUACUUUACAGUUCUGCAAAAAAUAAAUAUGGACUGCCCUGUUCCAAACAUUUAGGGAGAGCCAUAGCAUCCACCGGGCGUGCAGAUGGUCCUAGUUUCAAUCCUUGGCCUCUCUGGGGAGUGUUGAGAAUGUCCCCUGUUUGAAACCUUGAAGAGCUGCUCCCAGUCAGUUAGGGUACACCAGGGUGGCAACUUUAGCCCCAGGGAUCCAAAGUGACCCUCCACACGCCUCUCUAGUUGCCUCACACCUGACCAGCCCUGCUCUGUGCCCCCUUCAAGUACUUGCUGGAAUGUGUCCUAGAACUCUUGUGAUGUGCAUGUAGAAACUUUUUGACUUUUGUGCAGCUGGAAUGUUGUGAACUGUAAAGACAAGCUGCCUCUGUUGCUCCACCCACUUGGCUUCUGGCCUUGCCCAAAGCUCCCCUGGUGCAGAAGAUGCUGAGCCAGGCAGGCCAGGGGUCUGUCUCUGUAUUACGCAGCUUCCGAUGUGCCUAGAAAAUUGAGGGAUGUUUAUUGUGCUUCACUUAGGGGCUGCUUCAUGUAGCAUUUAUGUGUGCUGCAGUAAGUACGUGAAGUGUGUAAGGGAGAUGCUGUCAGGGAAUGGCAAAGCUGUGUUGCAGUCAUAGGGAUGCUCUCUCCUGAGCUCAUCCAGGGGAAGGGGUCAGCGAUUUAUGGGGUUUUGUGCCCACCCGUGAAGCAGGAGCCAGGGCUGUAGCAAGGGGAAGAGUCCGAGGAGGUGCAGGAAACAUCAGAAGCAUAGGGAGAGACUGUUGCUGAGAGGGAUAGCCCCCACACCCCCUUCCUUGCUGUAUCCAAGGACCAGGAGGGGCUUGAAGAGGCUGGCACAGUGGCAACGACUGUGCAGGAGAAUUCACAGGUUGCUUGGCCUGGGUAUGCUCAGGGCAGAUGUAUUCUCCAAGCACACUGGGAGAUGGUAUUUCCCGUGUCUCUCCAUACGUGUCUGGAAACCUGCACCUUCCUUUCACACUUUACCAAAGCAAGCGGUGGUGUGUAGAUGGUGCAAACAAGAUUGCCAUAGAAUUGUAGAAUUGGAAGGGACUAGGAGGGUCAUCUAGUCCAACCCUCUGCAAUACAGGAAUCCUUUUACCCAAUGUGGGGCUCAAACCCACAUUCCUGAGAUUGAGUGUCUCAUGCCCUGCCAACUGAGCUAUCCCCAAUGUGAAACAGUUUUUUUCUAAUUCCCUCCAGUUAUUUUCCUUUUUGUUGGUGGCUUCUGGGCAUCAAGAGAAAUGGUGACAACCAGAAUAUUUUUUUAUAAAGUUAGUUAUUGCCAGAAUCAUGAUAAAACUGCAGUGGGUUGUCCUCCUAGGAAGUAGCAGAGCUGAUAGUGAAAUACCAGGAGGUGGUACUUGUGUCAACCCUAAACAAGGUGAAAAACAAGCAUGCAUAUUUUAAGUAUGCACCCUCUUGCACCCUCUCUGCUCCUAAACAGAACUGAGUUUUGUUUGUUUGAUACACAGGUAUAAUUUCAACACGUCAAAUUCCUGCCUGCCCUUUACGAGAAACUGUGUUGUCUUUGCCUGGGGGCAGGCCUCUUACAUACAGACUAGUAUGGGCAAUUUUCCCAAAUAGACACAAUAGAAAUUUGUGACAAGCAGAAGCCUUUAAAAAAAAAGUUGUGCAAUAAUUUUACAUACUGUUGACAUUGAGCAAAAUGCAUAGGAAUAUCUUGCACCUAUAAUGUGGAUAUUGUAGUGGGAUUGCAACUUCCUCUCCCAUUUCACCCUCUCAAAAAGGUUGUGAUCAGAUAAAUUUGGACUUCAUCUUUGCUUUUCAGUUUCCACAAUUCUAGUUUAUCCUGGAGAGUAGAAAUAUUCUAAGCAGGGGUACAGGACUCUAAAAAAGAAUCUGACUGCUGCCCAGUUCUGUUCUUAGGCCUUCUGGAAAGAUCAGACUUCUGGACUAUUUCUGGUUGCUGGGAGUUAACUCUUGUAGAAAAGGCCUAUAACCUAUUUUGGCCUGUUGCUGAAAAUGCAAGCAGAGGGGAUCUCCAUUUCACUGCUAAUUUGAAUGUUCAGUGUCAUCACUGGUGGGUUAAAUUGAGGCAAAGGAUUUUUAUCAAACUACAAAAUGUUAUUUCACUUAUGAUGCCAAGAUAUCCACGUUAUCCGUGACUGUUUCUUGUGAAUGGUUCGCUACCCCACUACAGGUGUUAAUACAUUCAUCUCAACAAUGUCACCAGUCUGUUUUUGUAGAUGUGCCUAUUUAACAUACAUUUAAGCUCUAAUUAUUACUGCCUAUAACUUUGUUUCUCAUUGCCGUUCCGUUUUCUCCUUCAUAUACCUGCCAACUAAGAUUUUAGCUGACGAAGUGGACUUCAGUCCACAAAAGCUUAUGCUAUAAUACAUUUGCUAGUCUUUAAGGUGCCACAAGACUUUUUGUUGUUUUUGCUGCAGGAGACUAACGCUGCUGCUGCUGCUGCUGCUGCUGCUGCUGCUGCUGCUGCUGCUGCUUCUUCUUCUUCUUCUUCUUCUUCUUCUUCUUCUUCCAUGUUUCUGUUGCUUUUGACUCUGAUUGCUUAUUGUGGCUUUUAAGUUCACCAUGGAUAAAUCUGUUAAUUAAAUUGCAUUUGUUGCAGGCACCUUCCUAAGGUGCAUCAUUAGCAAAAACAAAAAAACUUCAGCAGUGUAUCAUUUGCCAUGAUUCACAAUUAAGAUAAUUUUUGUGCUGAACCAAACCUCACAAAAGUUCAGCUUUUUUGCCACUAAGAGUUCAACUUGCAGAGGAGCUGAGCUCUUGUAAGGGCUUGGUAGAGUAGUCUAUCUCAUUGCAGAACAAAUAAAUCUUAAUUGUGAAUAUGGCCCUCCAGGAGACACUAAUGAAGAAACCAAUUUGCUAGAACAAUACCUCCCCCAACCUUGUCAGAACUAUUAAGAAUGAAUGUUUCUUGCUGCUAAAAUCUACUAACUGCCCUAAACAGGGCUAUGGAAAAUAUUUAAAAUUCCAAGGCAUCAGAAUCAAAAGUUUUCAUCAGCAGCACUGGAACUUUACAGUUGUGGAAUACAUCCAACCUUUACUUUUGGUGUUGGAUUGGGACAACGUGGGAAGUCUGCAGCCAUUUCCAUUAUCUUAUAGGGUCCAAUGCAUGAGCUUCUGACCUUUAGUCUUUAUACCUUUUCGGCUAAGCAUGGAACCUUUGUAUCAUGUCCUAAGAGAUACUGACUGCUUUUGGGCAGUUGCCUGCUUUGGAAGCUCCCGGUUUGAAGUAAUCACAGACCAUAGUUUGCCAAUUUGGACACAAAUUAAGCUUUAGUUUGCAGUUAAAACAGGAAGUAAUGAAUCCCCACAUAUGAGGGGUGGGAGGAGCCUUGGCUUAGAGGAGCAACAUUGAAGUCUGCACAGUUUGCUUGUGGCUUGGCUUCUGUUGUCUUUCAAAAACUUAUUUCUUCAUAUUUGAGCCAUUUCCUUCUUGAUGCCUUGCAUUCGUAGUGCUAAGGGAGCUACAUCUUUACUGCGUAUUUUGCUUGCUGAAGAAUUGUGCUGUGGCUGCAUGCACACCAUGAAUUUAAAGCACAGUCCCUGCCCCCAAGAAUUCUGGGAGCUGUAGUUUGUUCAGGGUGCUUAGAAUUGUAGCUCUGUUAUGGGUAAACUACAGUUUCCAGAAUUCUUCCUUCCUUUCUUUUUAGGGGAGGGGAAGCAAGGUGCUUUAAAUGUAGAGUGUGUACACAGCUCAAGGUAUGUGUUUCUUUAAAAGUCAGCCCUUGAAUUUGCCUACAAUGAUUUGCAGCACUGAACUGGUUUAGUUUUCAUUUUGCGAAUUUGCAGCCAUUGAAGUGUUUUGUUUUGUUUUGUUUUUUAAAGAAAGACUUUCCUCAAUGCUUUAAAAAGUGAUCUGAACGACUACAGCAUGAAAUAAACACAUCUUUAAAAAUUCCCCAUUCUCUUUAUGUGUGCCUAUACUUUUACAGCAAAUUCAGUAGACUUAAUGAUAUGGCAUAGGCACCAUUUAAAAUGCCAUUCUUUAGCCACAUGUAGUUCCUCUUGAACUUGGGCCUUUAAAAGAGGGGAAGGGAGCCUCAGGCCAAGGGGAGGCGGAAUAUUGCCUUAAGGACUCCUUGGACCACACCCCUUGCUAGCCCUGCUUAUGUGUCUUUGAUAGUGGAAGAUAAAUAAAUAAUGUGUGUUCCUGCCUUUUGCAUGGCUGGAAUGUAGUCUGCUCUCACAUGCAUUGCUUUGCCCACUCUUGUCUCUGGCUCUCCCUAUCACCUGCAUGCAGCCCACCCAAAGUUUCACCACAAGGGAAUGCAGUCUUUGGCUAGAAAAUGGUUCAUCAUCCCUGCGUCAGAGGGAAACACAUAACUUUAAAACAGGUAUGUGGAACAUUUGGCCCUCCCAGAUACUGCUAAACUACAAUUCCCAUCGUCCCUGGUAAUUGGUGAAUCUUGCAGAGGCUGAUGGGAGUUGAAAGUUCAGCAACACCAGGGAGGGAGGGGAAGACAAAGGUUUCCUACUCUGCCUCUAAAGCCAUAAUAUUUGUAAGUUGUCUUUUAAAAGUAAAAAAAAUAUAUUCUGUGCAUGAAAUCCCUUCCCCCUCUCAGGUUUAUCACUUGUGUCUGGCAGUGUAAGCAUUUUGUACCCCAAAGCUUUUAUGAAAGCUCAGUAUUUGCCUCAUAGAAGGGAAAUGGUCUUGCUGCGUCAGUUCUGCUGUGGGUAACAUGCAGGAAAGAUGCUUCUGACUCUGAAUUGCCCUAUAUACCUUGAUGUAUCUGUUCUGUAGGAGACAAAGCACCUUCCUUCACACUGAAUGAAAGGGAUGUGAAAUUAACAUGGGGAUGGGGGCAAUGGGUCUACCAGACAGAAAUGCAUUUUUGUGAGCAAAGCAUGUCAAAAAGAGCCAUCUUUGGGGAGAGAUCUUGAACUGAAUACUUCAGCAUUGCAAAUGAGUAGCAAGGAAGGGAGAGAGGGGAGAGAGAGAGAGGUAGCCAGAAACCUCAGCAUGAGCAAGCCUGGCAUGUUUUGCCUAUCUGGGCAGAGCAGGAGUUAGCAAAUUCACUGCAAACAUCCUGUUCUCUCACCUUAUAUCACUUGGAGCAACUGACCACUGCAAGCCCUACCACCACUGCUGGUGGCAGGAUAACUCAGGUGGUCUUUUGUGCUUGAGGAGUUCUGGCAGGAGUGCAUUAUCUUGCUGAAAAAGAGUCCUCUUCACUUUUGGUGUUUUAAAAAUGCAGAGUUAGUCCAGCUCCACCCAAGCUAUAGGGCAGCCAAGCAGCGAGAGAGAAAACAGAAUCCUUAACCAGAGACUGUCUCUAAGGGGCUCCUGAAGCCCAGCCACUGUACUUGAAGGGUGGUACUUAAAAACCCCUUAAAGCAUAGAUGGUGGUGUCAUGUUCUCCGCAUAGGCAUAAUCUUGACAGGGUGAUCUUCCUCUUCCCCAGCCUUCCCUGUCUUUGUUUUUCUUUCCCCCCCUCUUUUUUGUGAGUUAACAUACUUGCACUCAUGAUUAUAAUCUUGCAUGGGCGGUAGGAGCAUAAGUUUCCUCCGGCUGGCCUGUAAACGUGCUGCCAUCUGCUUUCCCAGCUCCCUUUGCUGCUAUGCCUGUCACUUUAAAUGUUAAGCUGCAGGCUUUCUCUUCCCUCUUCCCCAGUGCAGCAGCAGAAGCUAUUCCAGUCCUGCCUCUCCCUCCCUGAGAGAGGCCCAGCCCUGCUGCUGCUCUCAAGUCCCUUGGCCUGCAGCACCCUUGAUGUUCCCCUGCUUGCCUUGCCAAAGGAGUGCUGUUGUAUUCUGAGAUUUCUCUCUACUGGGAAUGCUGACCAAAUGCUUAAAAAAAAUUGCAAUGACUUAUUAGGCCUUGGGUGAUCUCUGCAAAUCUGCCAUCAACCACCAAGCCCCUCUCCUCUUCCUCCUCCUCCUCCUCCUCCCUCCUCUCUUCUCCGCCCCCUCCCUCCCUGACUGAUUGGUCUGGACAGCUUCUAAAUUCUUUAAGCUGGGUUUUUGUUUUCAUGGAAAUUUAGGGAGGCUGGAAAUUAAAUUUAUGAGAUAGCAGGAAGGACUGCUUCAUAGGAAUCUGAGAGAUUAUGGUCUCUUUUUAACUACUGCAGAUACUGGUGACAUUGCAACCAGGGUCUUAGUAUGCUAUAAGGAUGCAAGUGCCCUGGGAAUUCUGACCUCAUCUAAAAAUAGAUUUUGCAUUUCCCGGGGAUUGCACUAUUUCUUCCCGCCUUUUUAGUUGUCACGGCCUUUUUGUAUGGUUUCAUUUUAGAUAACUAGCCUUCACUUACCCCACCCUCACAGGGUUAUUAUUAUUAUUAUUAUUAUUAUUAUUAUUAUUGAGUCACUAAGCAAAAUAGCCAGGCUUCAGUGCAUGCUAGGAAGGGAAGGUUUGUAACUAUGGAUGCAGGGAGUUUCAUGAAACAAAUAAGAUGCACGGACAGGUCAGGGGUGGUUGCAUGUGGCAGGAGUUGGCAGACGAGGCGGCUUCUGAAUUUGGCAGUGCUAUACAAUAUAGUUUAUCCAUGUAAGUUAGGCCUAUGAGGGGUGUGGGUGUGUAUGUAUAUAUAUGUAUAUCCAUAUCUAUCUGUCUUAUCUAUCUGUCUAUAUCCAUCUAUAUGCACUCUUUUUUUAAACUUAUCCCUUCAUCAUUAUACCAUCUGUGGGAGAGGGAGAGCAUAUGGGAGUAAAAGUAAGCACCCUCAAGUGACCUUGUGGGUAGAUGGGGAGGAUGGGGAUUGUAGCUUGUGGCUUUCACUUUGUGUGCCUAUUCUCAUCAAGCCAUGCUUGAAUGGAGUGCAAAGCAGAGAGUGGUCGUCUACUGCCAUCACUUAACAUUUGCGUAGCGCUCAAAGAUAUGCUAGGCACUAUUUGACAAGGUGACAAUUUGGCCUUCCCCCUAGAAUAACACUGGCUCCCUUUUGCUGUCUAGACCUACAGAUCUACGCACAGCUCUGGAAGCCUAUAGAAAAUACCUUUGGCAGUGAUAAAUUUUGGUGCUGUGUCAGUCUGACCCUGGGUUGAUCUAUACCAUUUAGUGCAACCGUUGGAGGAGCAAAGGCAUGGCGAACCAUUCUUUCCCCUGUAUGAAUCCUAUUGAAAAGGCCAAAAGCACCUUAAUUUAAAAGUCUAAUUUCCUCCUCCUGAACAGAGGAACUCGAUGGCAAAGCUUGACAUUCUCGCUGACCUCCCACUAAUUAAAUGGACAGAAGACGCGCUUUUUAGUAUAGGCUGCAUUGUUUGGAAGGCUCAUUCUUGUUUAUUCCUUCUCUCAUCUUGCGAAUUGUGCUUUCGUGUACAGUCCCCAUGUGGAAAAAUGAUUUUUCCUGAUUUCUCUCCGCUUGUGUUUCUGCGCUUCCCCCCUUCACUGCAAUUGCUCUUGAUCCGAACCUCUCGCAAAGGCCAGCACACUGCUUUUUCAUGCAUUGAAACGAGAUAGAGGGAGUUAAGGGGCUGCCUGAUAGCAAACACAGUUGUGAUUGGCUGUGAGCAAGAAGAAAAGGUGGUUGCUUCCCUAGAGCUUCACUGCUCCUGGCUCUUUCAUCCUCCCCUGCCCCCAUCUUGUGUGUCCUGAUAGCUUGAUGUCUAGUAUAAGUAGGCAGUUGACCCAUAUGUUAUGGGGGGGCGGGAAGCAAGGGGCUUUCCCUUGUGAACUGCCUUGCCACUCACUUGCUGAUCCUCCCUCUUUAAUUUCCAGUUUCCCAAUGUAUUCUCUGUUUGUAGCAUACUUCAGCCAUGCAGGAAACCAACAAGAUUUGGAGCCCCCCCUUUUUUUUCUUUUUUUUUUGCAGUAUUCUGGACUGUACCAUUGUGUGGUGCAGGGAGAAUAUUUUUGAGUGCUUCCCCUUCCAUCAAGUUUUCUCCAUGACUUGCCUGUCAAGAAGACUAUCCCGAGCAUAUCUCUCUGAUACGUUAGAUUUCUACAUGCAGUGUUGCUGUUGUUGUUUUACUGUGCAGAGUACUAAAAUUCUCCCUUUUUUGACACCCCCCUUCAUUUAUCUAAGAUGGUACAGUCUACAAUUCUGUCCCAGUCUGUCACAUCAUUCUUUGUAAUGUGUAGAUCAAAUUUUGGGGGUUGUGAAGGUGAUGCAGCCAGACAAAACAAUCUUGAUUUGGGUCUCUUUCAAGGCACGCUUCUAGGCCUCAUAGCUGCAGAACAUUGGUUUUUGCUUAGCGGAAAGAUGUGUUUGGAUCUUUUUAAAAUAAUUUGAAGGCGAUAGCGAUUCUCUGCAUAGUGGAAACAAACAGAACUAGAAAGGAGGGAAAACCUUGAAAUGUCCUUUCCAAAAACCGUGCAAGGGAGAACGCCAUUGAGGGUUCAGCAGCCUAUGAGAAGAGCUAGUCUGGACACUGUUUGUUGAGUAAUUUCAGUGCUGCUUAGCCUGCUGUGGGCAUUGUGAUUGGGGAAAGAAAGCUUUGAAUGACGAGCCUAUCUGUAGCUCUGUCUGGAUUAAAAACAUGUAUUUAUGAACAGCUUUUAAAGUCAGCACUUGGGGCAGGGAGGAGAGAGGAGGAGGCUCCAGCUUGGCAGGCAUCUGCUUUUGCUGUGGCCUCAGAGAUGAAUGGGGCCCAGGGUGGUUUAGCUGCAGAGUUGGUUUCUUUGGCGACUGUGCUCGCUUGGUGCUGCUUCUAGGCUACGGAGAGAAGGCUCUGGGCAGUCCUAGGGGGACACGUGGCCCAGGAAAUGAUGCCAACAUGGUGUGUUCGCUGUUAAAGAUUAAGUGGUGUCCCCCCACGAUCAAAGUGCCCAGCCCUGAAAUGAGCAGGAAUUUGCUUCCUGUUGAUCUCGGGAAGGUCAAACAGCUGCUUUCUAGGCCUUAGAAGCCACCUGUGUACUCGAGUGUAAAAUAGUGAGGCUCUUCAUUAAACACUGGGUUGUUGUUGUUUUAUUUCACUCUAAAGUGCUGGCUAAGUGAAAGCUUGGUAUGAGUUCUAUAUGGUAUGAACACAGGCCCUCUUCUGUAAAUUUUGCGUCUCUUUAUUGUACGGGUUCCAAAAUGUUCAGCUGGAUGCAGCAUCCAUAGUGGAGACUUUUCUAAGUGGCAGAGAAGGACAAUUGACUGAAAGGUAGCACUAAGCACAGCUAUGCCUUCUCAUAAAUAAUGUGCUCUCAGUAGCUGAAAUCCUAUAUAAUUCCCACUGCUCCUCUUUCCCUUCAUGCUUGCAGAAAUGGUUUUAGAAUAAUCCAGUAUUUGAUUAACCAGUAGGGCUUUAUUGACUUGCCAGAUUUAGGAUUUAGCCUGACCGGUCUCUGCAACCUUUUCUCUUCAGCCAUGAUUUCCUGAAACAUAGCCUUCCUUUUCCCCCUUUUCUCUUUUGAAUGUAACUAAAAUAAAUAAGCCUGCAACCUCUGGGGCAUUAAGAAGAAUGCUGCAACCUGUCAAAGCUUGCAAGAAUCAGACACUCCUCUUGAGCAGUAGACAGAAUGCUAGUGGCUACUGGUUAGUGUGUGGGGUUCCUAGGCUCCCAUGGCAAUCAAAAUGGUGAGAUGGUGGCAGUGUUUGUGCUGUUUGGGGAGGAGAGCUUUUUUUCAGUAACCCAGAGGGAAAGACAUCUAUCUCAAGGAGUUAUAAGGUACAGAGAUUGGUUCCACAGAGCUGCUGCAGUGGCUAAGAAAUUGAGUGGUGAACCAGGAAAUAUCAGAUUCAAAUCUCACCAUGAACUCAGUAGAUGACUUUAAACAAGCAGCCUUGGCCUGCUACCUUUUCUGCAAUAGGAAGAUGAUUGUAGUGACCUACUCCACAGGGUUGCUGUGAAUAUUAUUGAGAAGGUAUAAGAAGUACUUUUAUCGCUUUAAAGUACCGUACUAUAAAAAUGCAUGGUAUUCUACUGUAACUAUAGAAAGGUGAAUAUGUUCCUUUUGAACAAGAUAGCAACCUCCACAUCUUUGCAUGUGUCACGUACGUAGGUACAUCUCCACAUUGAAUCUGAAUGUUCUUCAUAUCUACAUGUGGCAUGUAUCUUUCUCAGCCUGUCUCCUUGUGGUGGUCUUCUGGAAUAGUGGUUUCAACCUACCUAGGUCAGGUGUGGGGAAAGUUUGCCCUCCCCGUGUUUCAGAACCCAGCAUUUCAAUCAUGGUCAAUGGCUAGAGAUUAUGGGAGUUGUAGUUCAGAAACACCUGGAGUGCCGCAGGUUCCCCACACCUGGCCUAGCCGAUAUUCUGCUCUGUUGUGUCUAUGAAGUAUUUAUUUAAAGGCUAAUGUGGCAUAGUACUAUCCAAAUUACCGUGGCUUGGCAAGACCUCUGCUGGUAGAGCGUUGAAUUUAUUUGGAGUGCUACUUUGAGCAAUUAUUUUUGUUGAGCUAUUUUAAAUGGAAUUUGCCAAAAUCUACACUUCUGACAUGGGUUGUCAUAUGUCCGGAUUUCCCCAGACAUUUCUUUGCCUCAGUAUGAGUAAUCCAGACUGAUGUCUUGACCCCUCCUCAAGGGCAGAAGAGGUUCAAGAUGCUUUGAAGAAGAGCUGUAGCUCAGUAGUAGAGCACAAUGUUUUGUGAAUAGAGGUUCCAGGGUCAAUUGCUGGUGUGCCCAGGUGGGGUUGGGAAUAUUCCUUGACUGAAACACUGGGGAGCUUCUGCCUGCCAGUGUUGAUAAUAUUGAGCUAGAUGGACCUAUGGCCUGACUUAGUUUGGUAUAAGUAGCUUCCAAUGUACCAGUCCAAGAUCUCUGGUGUCACUUAUUUGUACUAUAACUCAACCCAUCUUGAUGCUCUUAUGGUAGCAGAAGUGCUCAUGUCAAGAUAUCUCAUUGCCUUGUUACUCUCUCAUCUAAUGGGAGAACAAAUGUUGAUUGCAUGUUUUGAGAAGUCUGCACAUAAAAUCAUACAAUUGUAGAGUUGGAAGGGACCCUGAGGAUCAAUCCCCUGUAAUGCAGGAAUAUGUAAGCUUGGUGUUAUCAGCACCAUACUCUAACCAACUGAGCAAUCCAGCCUGACUUGAUCCCACAUGCAUGUUUAACUACUCUAACAAUUUGUAGCAGAGAUGGCUACCUGGGGGCCUUCUACAGGUUGCACUCCCAGCUUCCAUCAACUUCAACCUCCAUAGCCAAUGUUCAGGAAUGAUGGGAGUUGAAGUCCAAUAGCAUUUGGAAGACCAUAGCUAUCAGAAUUCCUUUGACUCCGUAUUGGACUCCCUAUUCCUGAUUAACAGGAAACCAUAAUAAUUAAGGACUCCUAAUACAACAUACACUAGAAUGAUGGAAAGACAAUGAAUUAUGAUGUCCUAAAGUAAAAAAAUCCAGCUACUUGGCAAGUUCGCUGUGAACGCUAAACCCAUUGCUCUUGAAACUAGAGACUGUACUGGCAAGUGUUUUGUCAUAUGGACUAUUGAAUGAAGCCAUAUAUUAUGUGCUGCUUCAAGGCAAGGACUAUUCUCGUGCUCCCAUGGUCCACUGCUUUCCUUCUAGAAACAGAAUGUAAGGACCAGCUUUAAACUAAGCUACCUUUCCUUGCCUCUUCCUCCAGUAACACGAACUUUUCUCAUUGAACUUUAUAAUGGCUGGGUGAGCAUCCUCUGGGGGCUUGCGCUUUUCAGUCUGAUGUGUGUAUUAUACUUCGUUAAGCUUAGAUGUCCUUUAGACUUGUGGUUCAGAGCCUGUGGCAUGUGGACUCCUUGGCGGAGGUGCGGGCCAAGCAUGGCGUUUUCUCAAAGUGUCUUCAAGCAAUGUUCCUCCAACUAGCACUUGAUUUCUUCCUCCACAUUCUUCAUUUUCACAGUUGCAUCUCCAGGGGAGCUGCAUUAACAUUGAGGAGCUUCUGAUCAUUGGAAAUAAGGGAGGCUUUGGCCUGUGCCUUCCUUGUUUUUCUUUGCUGGUGUGGUGUGAGGUGUACUUAGAAGAGCCUGCCUUCCCUGCUUUGCUGCUUUGUCUGCAGAGGUGUGUUGCACCUGUGGUUUUCUGGUCUCUUAUAUUGCACUACGUGUAGGACUUAUUGGUGGAAGGUGGAAUACAUGGCACAGCAGCUGGAAGGCCCUUAAUUUGAGUUUAGGCAGCUCUGUGGAUCGUUGGAAGAAUUUCUGGCCUCCUAAUUACUUAUUGCGCUUGAGUUCCUUAGUUUUAGCAUUAUUGGAGAUUAUUUCUGGUGCUUUAUUAGGAUAAAUCCAUUGCAUGCAGGUUAUUGAGGGGGGUGUUUCUGGCUUUUUUCUGGCUUAGGUCGUUUUGGGGGCAGAUUUUUAGGGGCUCUCAUUCCAUGUUACUUUUGCUGCUCAAGCGUGCAGGCUUAUGAAAAAGGAAAAAAUACAAAUACUAAAUAUAAAUAAAAUAGAAUUAAAUUAAUUGUCUAUGUAAAUAGCUUUAUGUACAGGGAUUUCAUUGAAGUAUACAACUGAUAGCCCUGAUUCUAUGUGUAGGAAUACAUUACAUUAAUAACAACGAAUGUCUUCAUUUUAAUUAUUUUGGGGAUUACUUCAGUUGAGUUCCCUUGGAAAUAAAUACAUUUGUAUUUAGUUCAAUUGGAUUAGUUGGGUUGUUGGUCAUUGGGUAUACUGGGUAUGUAAAUGAAUGAAUUUAUAAUUAUAAAUACAGUUAUAUUUCAUGCCUUUUUGAAUUGAUUAAUUGCAUCGAUCAGUGCAUAUACUGGGGAAAUAAAUAAAUGAAUUUAUAUUUAUCAAUACAUUUUAUAUUCAAUAACUUUUUGAAUUGUUUGCUUUGUUGAUUGAUAGGUAUAUUGGAGAAAUAAAUGAAUGAAUUUUUGCUACCUUCUUUGACUUCAGCAACUCAUUUAAAAGCAUUAUUGAGUUCAUAAUAGUUUUUUGUCAUUAUAUGUAUUUCCAAUUAAUGGAGCCUAAAAUUACAACAGUAUGUUGGGAUCUGUGAAUUUUUUUGAGAUUGAAAAGAGGUCCUUGUGCUCAAAAAUUUGGCAACAGCUCUUUUGGGCCAUAGCUGAGCUUUCAAGCCCAAGUGACAACUUGUCACUGGGCAGUUUUGAACUAAGUUUUAUUCAAAGUAGACCUAUUUAAAUUAAUGAAUUAAAAUUAUUAUUUAUUAAAUUUGUAUACCACUUUUCAUCCUCCGUAGAUCUCGGGGCAGUUCACAGCAAAAAAAACAACAACACAAAAUAUAUUAUAAAAACAGGAACAGGAACAAAAACAAAACAGUACGUCCCGCCCCGCUCCUACAACCCCUCACUUAGUUUAUUCAGAAACAAAUGGCUAGCACAGCAUUCUUGGUUUGUGUGGCUCCAGGAGGUGGUAUGGUGUUUGUGCAGACAGUCUCCAGUUAACUUGUUUACACAGUUAACUUGUUUGCCUCCUGGUGCUGUAGAGGAGUCUUGUUCAUCUUGUGGAGUAGCAACUAAGAGAAACAGUGAAGGGGGAAGUCCACAGGUGACUACUCGAUUGAGAUCCGCAUCAAUCUAGCUUUAUGCCACAUUCAACCCCCUAUUUCAUAUAAAGUGCCCAUUCACAUGUUAAUUCCCAGGAAGCAAACUUGUUCUAGUAAGAAUCUUGAGUUCUUAUGCAAGUCCUUUGGCCUGUCUCAGUAUGAACAAAAACUGAUCUGUGCAUAACGUUUAAUUGAGCACCGUAGUAUCUCAUUGAUCUACCCAAUCCCAUUCCUUCUAAUCUAUUUCUGGAAACAACUGUGUGUGGUGCACUGUGGUCGCAUGAAUCCAGUAUAUCCUACUCCAGAUGUGGGGAACCGUUGACCUUUCAUAUGUUGCUGAACUCCAGCUCCCAUCAGGCCCAGAAAGCAUGGCCAGUGGCCAGAAAUGACAGCAGCUGUAGUUCAGCAACAUCUGGAGGACCAAAGUUUCCCCACAGCUGGCCUAGUCCAUUCAGAGUUUAUACUCUGCAUACAUUUCUCCUUUCCACAUGGGAAGAGCUAGAGGAUCCUGCAUCUCUUCAUUUUGAGUCUCAUUUGCAGAGCAAACACAGACUAUAGUUUGCCACUUCCAGUGAAAUGCUAAGCUAGUUUGCCUGAAAUCAUGGUGGUAGGAACACAUUAGCUGCUUCAGGCACAUAAUGCCAAACCACCAUUUAAAUACAGUGAUUAUGAGCUUCUUGGACUUAGGGGCUAGCGAGUUAUUAGAUGCUAAGAUCCAGGAGAUGUCCUGCUUGCCACCAUUUUGCAAAUGGCUCCAGCCUGAGGGAGGUUGUCUUUCCACUGAAAUAGUUCUCUUCAUCUGAACCUUCUUAAAUGGUUCCUACAGCAGAAUUCUUAGGAACAGGCCCCUCUAAGGAUAAAUUAUUUAAUCACCCUGCAGUUCCUUUUUCUUUAGAUGUGUUUACCGUAAGAUGCAGGAAUCUCUCCAGUUGAAUUAAAAUAUAAACAGAGAGCGUUCAUAGGUGUUAGCCUUUUAGUUUAGUUUAGGUUUUAGGUGAAGUCAAAGAAAAGGCAAUGAGUCUAGAUAUGCUUUAAAAAAGAAAGAAAGAAACCCUGCGGAUCAUAGGUUUUCAUCAUGAACCCUAAAACUGUCAACACAUUGUUGGGGUACUUGACUGACGCGCUUAGUAAAAUAAAAACAAGUUGCAAGGGGUGCGUGGAAGACCUUAAGUUCUUUCGUGACCACACAAAGCUCACCUGGCAUAGUGGCAGAGAGGCUGAGCUGUUGCUGGUUCAUAUUCCUCUUUUCCUAUUGACAAAGGUGGGAUCUGCUUUGGGUGAGCAGGCAUGGCUCUCAGUCUGCAAUAUGGGCAGGAUACUUGUAAGGAUCACUGAGGGGGUGUCUGUAGAGUGGUAAUAUUGCUGGUUUGAAAGGCAGACCCAACUUGCAGUUGGAAGAAGAUUGUGGUAUGCAGCUUGAAUAAAAGGAGGACUGGAGUUCCUGGCUAAGUUUGAGUGUAACAUGGUGCACAUUGCAAACACCUCCCAAAGAGCAGGAGGCUUAAGUAAUCUGGUUCUUGGCUUUGACUCUGUGUGUAAUCUUCUACAGCCUGACUCCCUCUGACCCACCCAUCCGCAGAGUGGAGGAUGGUGGUGGUUUUUUUACGUGCAUCCAGGCUGAGCUGAAAAUACAUCAGCUGUAGAUGGAUCCAGAUGAAACAGUUGGCAGACAGGGAAGUUCUGGAUGACUGUCUCUUCCCUCUCCCUCUCUGAAAUAUGAGUAAAUGUUGGCAAGCCAACCUGCUUGUAGAUUCUGCUCCUUUUGGGGAGCCUUGUGGUUUGUAGUCCCCCUCCUCCCAAUUCCAGCAAUGUACAUUUUUGGAACACCUUUUUCUUACUGUACGCGGAGGAGCUGGUAGAGUGAAUCAGAGCAAGAAGCUCUGCGCUGUAGAUUUGCUUGGGUUGUGCUGCCUCCGUUCAGUAUUAUUUAGCUUCCCUCUAAUUAGCUGGCUUUAAAAGUCUGCCUCUUUCCAGAAUGCAUUUUUCACUUGUCCUACUUACUUCCUGAUAGGUCUUUCUCCCCUCCCCCUUGCUGGUUUCCCCCCCUUCUUCUUUUUUGCUGACACUGCAAACAAGCAUGAGGUUAGAUGCUCAACCGCACACAAACGAAUAUUGAUCUUUUUUCCCUUCUUUUUCUUUUUUCUUUUUUGUCUGGAGGUUGGGAGGGUUUCUUCUGCCUUUGCAAGGGAAGGGACUGCCUUUGUGCCUGGGAAGGAGAAGCACCAUUAAGGAGGUUCUGGGAAUGUUCAGUUGGGUCUUCAGAGGGGAUGGCCCUAAUCUGCAGAAACAGCAACCCAAGCUCACUGGAAGCAGGCAAGGAUGGCCUAGCCCAGACAAAGGGACUCUGUGUGUGAGUGUGUGCGCCUGCCUGCCUAUCCCUUUGUUCUCUUGUACCAUACGCUGACACUGAAAGCUGCUUUCCUAUGGGCUGGGGGUAGGGGGAGGAGACGGGGCAGGGUGUCUGGAUUGCAAGCAAAAUAAGAUGAAAGCCAGAAGAUCUCUGGCUCCAUUGUGACCCCAGUGGUGGUGGAAAAACCACAGGGAUACUUUUGAAUCUUCCUUGUCUCUUCCCAAUCAGCUUAUUAAUGCACAUUGCUUAAAAGAAAUUCCCCUCUAUCUGAGGGACCUGAAGUUAAUCAGCAUUCUCCCAUGGAGGUUUUAUCAUGGAAAGGCAGGCCUAUGUGAAGAGUCUUGUGUUGGUUAGCUAAAUCAUCAUUGGGUUUGUGUUCCCCCCUAAAACAAAAACAAAAACACUGUCCAGGUUCUUAGUUGUGUUAAUUUGAUAAUCACCCAGCUCUGGAAAUUUAGAUGACUGCUUUUGUUGUUGUUUACCAGCUUUAAGGUCAUGUUCUCCAACAAACAAUCCUAGCAGCCCAUAUGACGGCUACCACAUGGCCUUGUAUGGUAGCUGGCCUUUUUGCAAGGAAACGUUAAUUGACAGACUGAUGCUCCUUCUGUGGCCCCUGCUCUCUUACUACUACUUUCUUAAGACGCCCUGAAUUUCCCACGUCUCCAGAAGAAAUUACUUUGAAGCUUCAGACUCCUUGGUGGAUAAGUGCAUAAGUUUGCAUUUGUGCCUUGCUUCCCAAGCAAGAUGACAAUGUCACCUGCAUUAUACAGAGUUAGUCCGUUGAUCCAUCUAGCCUGGUGUCUCCAGGACUGUCUGGCAUCAGCUCUCCAGGGCUUGGGGCAGCGUUCUUAGGGCACAUUUAUUCAUACCUUAUACCAGUGUUUCUUAAACUUGGGUCUCCAGCUGUUGUUGGGUUACAACUCCCAUCCUCCCUGUCCACUGGUUCUGCUAUAGCUAGGGAUGAUGGGAGUUGUAGUACAAUAACAGCUGGAGACCCAAGUUUGAGAAACACUGCCUUAUACUCAAAUUUAAUUUAACAGAGAAAGCAGAGCUAGUAGAUUUUAUUACAGUAUAUGAAAUCAAAUUUUUACAGUGGUGCCUCGCAAGACGAAAUUAAUUCGUUCUGCGAGUUUUUUCGUCUUGCGAAUUUUUUGUCUUGCGAAGCAUGGUUUCCCAAAGUCUUCAAAAUCACCAAAGUCUUCAAAAACCUCAAAAAAGGCUACCACACCGCGUGCUAUGAGUUGCUCCUUGAAGUCACCCUGGGUAUUAACGGUUUUAAGAAAAAGGAAACAAACUUGCAAGACGUUUUCGUUUUUUUCGUUUUUCGUCUUGCGAAGCAAACCCAUAGGGAAAUUCGUCUUGCGAAGCAACUCAAAAAAUGAAAAACUCUUUCGUCUUGCGAGUUUUUCGUCUUGCGAGGCAUUCGUCUUGCGAGGUACCACUGUAUGUAUUUUGCCUUUAGAAUAUGUUACAGCUUUGAAUACUCUUACUCAUCUAGAGCUCAUUCUGUUUGACAACUGUCCCUUAUUCUUACCAGGCUUGUUAGCUUAAUCAUCUUCAUUAUUCAAGCAUGUUUAAUGCAGGCCACUAUCAAUUUUAUGCUCUUUUGAUUUUGGCCACAGUUAGAUAAGUUUAAUAGCAUUUCCACGUCAAGCUGCCCAAGACGCUGCUCCAAAUAGUGCUUUGUGAGGUUGACCGCCUUAAAAGCAGCAUAAAGGUGCUUAAAAUAAAUACCCAAGAAGUGGUAGCAGAGGAUUCAUGUGAAAAAUAAAUAAUUAUUUGGACAGUCUGUUGAAUCCUUUUUGAUACCACACUGCCAUCAGCACAAUUUAGGAGGCUAUAUUUUAUAUCCUAAGAGUGCUGAGAACCUCAAGGCAGUUAACAGCUUACUUCACAAAAGUGAAUAGUUCAGUUCACUAAAUUCACUUCAGUGAAUAGUUCACAAAAGGAAGCUUGCAGUUCGUUAGAUCUGGUGUAUCUGCUUUUGUCAGGAUAAUCUGACUAGGUGGCAGUCUGUCCCAUAUUCUUGGAAGACCCUUACAGAAGUGCUUACCUAGAUAAUAUGUUCAUGGAUAUGGUGUCUGAUAAGAGUGUCUGUUCAGCUGGUAGCCCGUUUCACAUGAUCAAAGAACUAAUAAUAAUGAUGAAGGUCUGCCCUUGAACCUUGGUUCAUGUGGAUCGCCUAAUACUGAACUAGCAGCCCCAGUUAAUUGGUGGCUAGGGAGUCAGUUCUCUAACAUAUGAGCCACAAGUGAAUUUGAACUACCACCAAUUAUAUGGUAGAAAUUUACUUCCCCUGCUUUAGUUUGUAACAUGUCCAUAGGAUGAUCUCUUGAGUAAUGCAUGUGUGAAAAUGUAUUGCAUACUGUACUGUCUGGUUGCUUUGCACAGUAACAGUUAUAGGAGACGGUUUGUAUUAGUGCCAAAGGAGUUGGUGGGACAUUUGGGUGAGAUAGGCAAUCUUCAUUCCCUUUGUGUCUGUAGAAUCAGUGCUGAUUCUCAUUGGAAAUGAGAGUCCAUGAUGGAUGAAGGAGAUAAGGCUGCAACUGAAUAGCUCUAGUUUAUGUUAAAAUUAAUUUUUGAAAUAAUUAGUAGAACCACUAACUUGACACUGUGGCUGCCAACAUAAUUGUUAGUAGAUUACAUGACUUUUGGAUUUGAAGAACUUCACAUGUGAGGUAGGGGUGACCUUACAGACAAAUAUUCGUACAUUCCAAGAUAUCCACAGCCGCAAUUCCCAAUGUCUUGCCUCUGGGCUGUUUCCCUUCUUAAUAUCUUAUUCUAUGCAUUAACUCAGUAGUUCUUUCUCUGUCCAGUUCUCUUUCACCCUCAUCCAUCUUCAGUUCCCUGCCUGGUUUGAUAUGGAAUAGUUAUAACCUCAUGGAGAAGGUAUUAGGCAUAGAAAAAUUCCUGGGGGUGGGAGUUUGCAUGUGUGUUGCCAAUGGCAGUAGCUCACAAGGCAGCGUGCUUUUUUGAUCCUUUGCUUCACAAUCAAUCACAGGGACUGAUAGUAAUAAUAGCAGCCAGCAAAAAUGGGGGACGUUUUGUUGGGGUGCUUGCUGUAUAAUAAUGCCAGCUGCUUUCCUAAUUCUCUAAUUAGAAGCAACCUGACUUUGCCAUUCCCAAGAUAGGAAGGGGUGUGUGUGUGUGUGUGUGUGUGUGUGCGUGCGCGCAUGCGUGUAUGUGGUAGUUAAGAAAUAGCCUGUGUUGAAACCAAAAACCCCUUUCCUACAGCUAUAAGUGCUGGGAAAUGCAGGAAGUUAAAAGGCCAAGAAACUGGAGGCAUAGAAAUAGCCCAGCAUGGAGCAGCAGCUGGCUGGCUGACAUGGGGGCCAUGUGACAGAAGGGGAGGAGUGCCGGGUGGGGUGGAGGAGAGAGAAGAAGCCGUUUUCUCAUAAGCAAACCAGUGGCAUUCAAGAAAUCUGGGAAUAAAGCAAGUCCAGAGGAAACCUUGCAGCUGACUGGAAUUGCCUGUGUAGCUGCAAAAGGAAACAUGAGUAUGGCGCAGUUAGCCAUCGUGGCACAGGAUUUCUCUCUCUCUCUCUCUCUCUCUCUCUCUCUCUGUGUGUGUGUGUGUGUGCGCGCGCGCGCACAUACAGGCAGACAGACUUCAAACAGAGCAUGGUAAAGGUGCAGUUAGGCACCUUGAGAUGACUCUUUGGGUUCAGUGCAGUUGUGCUGCUGAAACAAAGCGAAAUUCAGCUUAAUGUGAACCCUUAACAAGGAUGCCGCGCAUGUUACUCUGAACUCUUUGUAAGACAUGGCACGGUACAAGUGUAAUAAACAAAAGGCAGCAUUGGGAAGUGACUCAGCAGACUAGAACUCGAGAAACUGAUCUUAAGACUCCACAAAGAUCAAAAACUGGGUGGAAAUUGCUUCUGGGUGUUGAGAUCAAUGGUGUCAAGUAGAUUGCAUUCUCGACUGUGAUUGGUUUUCAGUGUUAAGGAGGAAAAUAGUGUAAUUAAUAUUUUGUUUUUCUCACAUCACAUAACCCAUCACAGCAGUUGCACAAGGUUUGUACAAUUCAUAAAGUUUUCUAGAUCAUCAUCACUAUAGAGUUCUACAUGCUGCAGAUGGUUCUGAUAUGGCCACUACCUUUAACAUGGUCUCUCUUGCACCAUGCAACAGUGCCUGCUCUGAGAGGCAUGAGAGUUGUAAAUUUUCAGCAGACAAAAUCCCUGAACAGGGAUCUGUGGUAUAGUUAAGAUAACUUACUCCUUGCUUGCUCGCUCACUCUUUUAAAAAGCGUAAUGUAAAGCAUGCCAAUGAAUUGGUGUAACAAGGGCACAAUCUAAAUUGGAAAUAAAAUGCUUAGUUUUGUGUGAUGAGCAGCACAAACCUCUGCAUGUUUACUCAGUUCUACUUUUUCAAUGGGUCUUACUUUCUAAUAAGUGUAAUUAAGAUUGCAUCUGUGUGAUAACAACAAAAAACUGAGGCUGCAAUCCCAUACACACUGGGGCACAGUGAGACUUCGCUUCUGAGUAAACCUGUUUAAGAUCGAGUUUGGAAAUGAGUUUGCUAUUCCUUUGCCUUAUCACAAAGGUUUUAGCCAAGUUAAGCUAACCUUGUUGGUUAGCAACAAACAUGGAGUUGGGUGAUGGUUCACAGAUCUGGCAGUAGUUAAUCCUGUGGUAAAAGGUGUAUGAGAGCACCCCGAGUUCAAAGUACAGCAUCCAGCCAUUUGACAAUACAGUGGUACCUCGGGUUAAGAACUUAAUUCGUUCCAGAGGUCUGUUCUUAACCUGAAACUGUUCUUAACCUGAAGCACCACUUUAGCUAAUGGGGCUUCCUGCUGCCACUGCGCUGCUGGAGCACAAUUUCUGUUCUCAUCUUGAAGCAAAGUUCUUAACCCAAGGUACUAUUUCUGGGUUAGCGGAGUCUGUAAGCUGAAGCGUAUGUAACCCGAGGUACCACUGUACUGAGUGUAUUCUGUCUAUAGAAAGUAGGCUAUUUUUCCCUUGCCAACUCACAAAGGUCAAACAAGUUAGGCUUUCCCCCUUUGUGUCCCCUGUUACCAAUGCAAGCCACUGUUCAUGGGAGGUGCCCCAGGCUUGCCUGAGGAAAGCCCAGCCCCCCAAGCUCAACUUGUGGUAACGCUUUGUGACAUCAUAAUGAAGCUGUGUCUUCCAGAGGAAGAGGGUAUCCCCCUCUCUCAAUUAGAGCCCCAAUAAGUGUAGCAACGCAGAAGAAGAAAAUACUGCACAAUAGAAGCCUCCGUUCCAUAUAUGCCAAAGGUAGUGGCACGGCAGCUACUGAGCUUUGGUGGAGUAACCCUUCUUAGUGCUUGGAAUGAGUCCUUUCCAAUUUGCUAAAUUACCUUGGUUUACAAGCAAGCUGUAUUCAGGGGUCAGCAAACGUUUCCAGCAGGGGGCUGGUCCACUGUCCCUCAGACCUUGUGGGGGGCUGGAUUAUAUUGGGGGGGGGGGGAGUGAACGAAUUCCUAUGCUCCACAAAUAACCCAGAGAUGCAUUUUAAAUAAAAGGACACAUUCUACUUGUGUAAAAACAGACAGAUUCCCGGACCGUCUGCGGGCUGGAUUUAGAAGGCGAUUGGGCCGGAUCCAGCCCCUGGGCCUUAGUUUGCCUACCCAUGACUUAAUGGCUACGCCUUCUUGCAUCCAUGAUAGGUUUCAUUGUCUAGAACCACACUUAGUGUUAGAAACUGAGAUAUGCAAGCUAGGAGCUAAAUGACACCUUAAUCCUAGGUUGUGGGCACAACAACGGAAUGUCUAGGCAUGCUUUUUUAAUAAAAAGAAUAAAAAGCUGAAAAUGAAUGAACUGUAGCUAAAAUAUGUUCAUUUUUCACACCGUCUAGUCCUUUCCCUGCCCACCCCUCUAAUAUUCGGAAGAGGGCCUCUUCUCCAGUCUUCAGAGACUAGCUGUAAGUGGGGAGGCAGAAAAAGGUCCUCUUUUCCUUCCACUCUGCAGUUUUAAUCUGAAAUUUUAGGUACAGUACUGCACCCAGAGCUCAGAAAAUGCUUGCGUUAAUGAAAUUUGCUGUCGCAAAAUGCUCCUUGAACAAUGGGAGUUCCGAACACUGACCACACUCCUUCCCUUUGUUCAGACUCUGGACUUGAGUUUACACUGCAUUUUUAUCCACAUAAAAUGUACUCCGUUUUAAUAACCUCGUUUUGGAGAAGUUGCAUGGUACUUUCAGUCCAGGAAAGCAUUGGUACUUGGAGUGAGGGGUUGUUUGAGUUUAUACAAGAAGGUUUCUGGUAAGAAUCCACACCAUGUACAUACUCUUCUAGACCGGUCAGCUAAAAUUAUAUGGACAAUUGGCUGUGUAUUCCAAUGGCUAACCAUGUUGGGUGUGGUUAGACUAUGGUUGAGUCAGAUAGAUGUAUCCUUCAGCCUCCUGACUUCUAUAAAACAAGAAAAAGUAUCCCUUAAAGCAAGGGUGGGGAACCUGUUUUGAGAAGGUUGCAUUCCCUCUGUCUUCCUUCCAGGGACUACAUGUCAUUGAUGGGUGGGGACAGAGGUAGAAGUGGACAGAGCAAUGAAUGCAACUCUUGCUUUUGUACGGUAAGCUCCAAUCCACAUCCAUCUUCUGGCCCUGAGGUUCCCCACACUUGGCAUUGCAAGGUGUCUGGGAGCAAAAAAUAAAACAAGAAUGCUAAAACCCUGUGUUGUUUUCAGUACUGUACAAAUUGCACUAAAGUAGCUAUAAACUUAGUUUAGAACAGUCUUCCUCUGAAAGUGGAAGUGCUUCCAGGUUCUGCUGUUAACAUUUUCUCUGCUGGGACAGGUAAAGGGUUUGCUUGUGUCAACAAAAAUGCUGAGAAUUCAUUCCUGGUUCCUACUGAAUAGCCUGAUCUCUGUAAGGCCUACUCUCCUUACUGUAGAGGCUGUGCUACCUACAGAAGGUCUAAGAUUGUCUACUUACUAGACAAUGGUUAGUAAUGGUUUGCCCCUUAGAGGUGUAUAUAGGCUUGGUCUUCUUGUGCUGCAUGUGAUUAUAACAAGAAAUAGGUACUUGUGCAUAGUUCUUUGCUGCAAGUGGACUGUGUCCUUUGGUGCAUCUUAAGCGUUGCCUAUUUUUCCAGAACCCACUCCCCAAAGUUGUGUGGUGGUGCUGUAGCUAUACUGCACAGCUUGCCUCUAAUGCUUAGCAGUCCUACUUUCUCCCUUUAUAUACAAUAUUAGAAGACAUCUGAAGGCAGCCCUGUUUCGGGGAGUUUUUAAUGUUUGAUGGUUCUUUAUGUUUUACUGUAUGCUGUAAGCCGCCCAGAGGAGCUGGGGAAACACAGCCAGAUGGGUGGGGUAUAAAUAAUAAAGUUGUUGUUUUGUUAUUGUUGUUAUUUCCCCUUCCAAACUCUUAAUAAGGAGAGCAGACUCCUGAUAAAGUUUAUUUUCUCCCUCAGUUAGCAGGUAUCUAGGCUGAACAUUUGACCCUCCUGAGCACAAUAUGCUUAGCAAAACUUCCCUUUGUACUUUUAACCUGUGAAUUUUUGACCCUCCUAUGCAGGAGAGCCUCUAAAGCAAAAGCAACCAUUUUACAAACAAAAACUAAACAUAUCAUGGUUGAAAGUCCUAUUCCUAUAUUGUGGUUUCCCUGAAUUAAAGCAUCCGUAUCAAGCAUAGGCAAACUCGGUCCUCCAGACGUUUUUGAGACUACAAUUCCCAUCAUCCCUGACCACUGGUCCUGUUAACUAAGGAUGAUGGGAGUUGUUCCAAAACAUCUGGAGGGCCGACUUUGCCUAUGCCUGAUCCAUAUCGUUGCUGCCGUGAUGGGCGGGUGUGCAUGGUGGAGCAAACACCCUCUGCAACUAUCAUGUUCAGCCCGCUGCAGUUGUGCUGUGUGGAAAGUAGUGAACAAAUAUAAUGAGUGUUAUCUGGACAGUCCUUGUGACAGCACUAAGUGUUGCACCGCUCUUACUUUCUUAAACUGUAAUAAUUUUUAUCGCCUUAUGAGAUUCCCGUGUUGCACGCUGGAGGGAGUGCAAAUGCUCAUAUAGUCAUGAAUUGGCAAAUUGACUUUUAACUUGGCAAACAAAUGCAAUGCUGUACCAUUGCUCUGCCGUUUGGUAGAUCUCCUGCUUUCAAAAAUAUUUGGCAGUUUAGUGAGUGUUAGUGUUUUUAAAUGCUGUGAGUGGCUACUCUUCCUGCAUCCACUAGUAGUCAAAAAGGGCAAAGCGUUGGAAAAUUGUAGUGCAGUUUGAAGUACCGUAUUUUUCGCUCUAUAGGACGCACUUUUUCCCCUUCAAAAAUGAAGGGGAAAUGUGUGUGCGUCCUAUGCAGCGAAGAUGCCAUAGCCCCGCGACCCUCUCCCGGCUGGAGAGGUGACGCGCGGCUAUGGCAGGAGCCUCUAUAGCCGCGCGUCACCUCCCCAGCCGGGAGAGCGCGCGUGGGGCUAAAGCAGCCCCCCACGACCCUCUCCCGGCUGGAGAGGUGACGCGCGGCUGUGGCAGGAGCCUCUAUAGCCGCGCGUCACCUCCCCAGCCGGGAGAGCGCGCGCGGGGCUAAAGCAGCCCCCCACGACCCUCUCCCGGCUGGAGAGGUGACGCGCGGCUAUGGCAGGAGCCUCUCCGCUGCGCCUUUCCGCUGCUCCCUGACCUGCUCUUUGGGGCUGGUGGUGGGCUUCCCCCCGCCAGCCCCAAAGAGCAGGUCGAAAGGAACCUGAAGCCUGGAGAGUGAGAGGGGUCAGUGCACACCAACCCCUCUCGCUCUCCAGGCUUCCAAGGUAGCCGCCUGAACGCACCUUAAACGGCACCUUGUUUUAGAGCGGGAAAACAAGAGGGGGAAAGUUCUCCCCCUCUCUGUGCAGCGCCUCCUGCUGCUUCACUGAAGGGGCGCUGGGCAGAGUGGGGGGAAAUUUUUUUUUCUUGUUCUCCCCUCUCUAAAACAAAGUGCGUCCUAUUGUCCGGUGCGUCCUAUGGUGCGAAAAAUACGGUAGCUUAUCUGGCAUGAUUUCAGUGAAGAGUAAAAAUUGGAAUUCCAAUUUUGGUUCUCUUCCCCACCCCGUAGCCUUUAGCAAUGGAUUUCCAUGGAAAAUAUACUUGCCUUCUUGAAUUUUGAUGGGUUAUGCUGGAGUUCUGCAGUUCCUUCAAUGUUGUCAGCUGCUUGUUUCAUCUAAGGGCCACAAGUGCAAGUGUGCAUUCUGUCUUGAGAUAGGAUAUGUGGUUUGGUACAAAACUGUUCAGAAUGCCACGCAGAGAGGUUGAAAUGUUUUCACAAGAAUGCAAAGUGUUGGCUUAUGGGUGAAGUAUUGUGAAGAGUGCACAACACUUGCAUGAAUGGUGAGCAAAGUUACCGUAACUAAAGGAUCAGAUGUUGGCAAGUGAUGUGAAAGGGUCAGUGCCUGAGAGAGCUGUUGCCAGUCAGAGUAGACAGCACUGGCCUAUACAGAUAAAAUAGACUUUACAUGUCCAUUAUUGGAGAGUGCAGAGUCAUGGGGCCAGAAGAUGGACCAAGCUUGUGUUGUAGAACUCCUGCUGUAGAUAGGACUACCUCUGCCUUCUUCUCAGUGAGGCCUUAAUCUGCUGUGGUGGGCAAGCAUGCAUGCCACAAGGAGUUGUCUACAGAGCAAAUAGCCAGAUGGUUUAAAACAAGCCAAGCCACAUAAUUGGGUAAAGCCAUCUCACUCUCAGAAAAGAAAAAAAACCUGCCUAUGGGUCAUUAUCCAGAGAGGGGGUGCACCAACCUGUCCACAAAUCUGGAAGCCAUUCAGAACCAGAGUGUAAAUGUCUUAUCUGCUCAGUUCGCCAAAAUUCACAUGCUGCCUUCUAAAGAAAUAAAAGAAAAUGCCAUCUGUUUACUUGACUUAGAAAACAUGUUAAGCAUGAUGAUUCUGGUCUAUCCAGUUCACUUUACUCAGGCAGUAUGAAGGCCCCAAUGUUGUUUUGUGCUGCUUUUUUAUUUCCCCUGGCUUGUACUGACAGGCCUAGAAAGGAGUUCUCCCUACUCUGGAGAAACUUGGUCUGUUCUCUGCCCUCAGGAAGGGGCCUGGAGAGUUGGCGAAAACAAGAGGUGCUUUCCUCCUCAGGGUACUCUCCACUUCUGCCAAUCCCUGUAGAUGAGCAGCGCUCCUCAGUGCUUCGAUCAGUAUUGUAAAACCUUAGUUGCGUGCUUGUUUAGAAAUAUAUAGAUCUCUAUCAUUUUGCUUUUUAAAAUCAACAGCACAAAAACCCGUGCUGCAAGCUGUAGCCAGCUGCUGGUUGGCAGCUUUGCUGGAACAUCUGGUGUUCCUGGGCUGUUCUAACGAUAGGAUUCAUAAAAGAUUAUAAUUCAGGCCUUUAGAAUUCUGAACAACCACCCCCUCAAAAAAGUAAAAUCCAAGCUGAUUUUUUUUUAUGGCGUUUUUUAAAAAAGGAGACAGCUGGAGGGUGUGUUAGCAAAAUAGUCAGGAUGCUUCAGCAACUUUGUAAUUAGCACUGCUACAGGGAGGUUGAAUGGAAAAUCUGUCCUGAUGUGGAAAUCUCCCUUCUAAAAAUUGCUGUGGGCCCUGCCUGUGGGCUGCUCUAUCAGAGGUCCAACCCAAAAAAUUAAGUGUUCUUGCUUCUGAUUUAUGGAGGGGAGCAGGCAUGUCUUUUAACAUAGCAUUGGGAGGCAAAGAUCAAAGGUUCCCAGGCUACUUCGUGGAGGAGUUUUAAUGCACACUUCAUGCAGCAAAUCUUUUAAUAAAAUUAUAUAGGAGGGCUUCCUUUAUAUGUGAGGGGGGCACACAAACACUCCCAUUGUGUGGUUGUUGCAGUAUCACACAUGCUAAUUGAAACAUGACAUUCCCAACAAAACAAAACAAAAACAAAACAAAAACCAAACCGCCCUGGUAUAUCUUGCUUGAUCCUUGCCCAAUCCAUAGAUUUGAAAAAAGAUGCCUAGAUAUCUGGAUUAUCCUGCAGCAAUUGCUUUGUAAAUGCAGGGCAGAAAGCAGGGGUUUUUUUAAUGAAAAAAAUGAAUAGCUACAAGCUUGAAAAUGUGGACACAAGCACCAUAUCUGCACAGAGGUCCCUAUGUUUAAGGCCAGUUUUACACCCUAGGUGGAAAAAAAUAUUUCUAAAAAGCAUUCAUCCAAGGAGCUAGCAUUCAAGUUUUUAAGAGGCAGUGUUUAAAAUUCCUUGGUACUAACUGCAUAUUUUGAAGCUGCCUAGGUAGUCAGGUGCCUGGGAUUUUCCCAGCCAUGCCGAUAUUCAACACAAAUUCCCAAAUAAGUUUUCAGGUCAGAUGACAGAUCAAAUGCAUGUUGCAAGUGCCUCAAAGGUAGUACAAGCCUGUAGGGUUUUUACUAUUUAAAACUCAGUCCACAAAGCCCCACCCUCCCCCACUCUGGACAUAACAAAUGGAAUCUCAGAAAGUGUUGACUGGCUGGGCAUUGACACAUUGAUGCUUAGGGCUACAAAUCCACUGCUGAGUGCUUUCUGGAUAUGUAGCUUCUCACUUGGCUGAAAUGUGAGGCCUGGUAAUUGGUGGGGCUGGCGUGACAUCUAAUCAGUGUUCGAAACUUCCAUUGUUCUAGCACAUUAUGCGACCGGGAAUUGCAUUAGCGCGAGCAGUUUCUGAGCUCUAGGUAUAGUACUGUGCCUAAGAUUUCAGAUUAAAACUGCAGAGUGGAAGGAAAUGAGGACCUUUUUCUGCCUCCCCAUUUUAAGCUACUCUCUGAAGACUGGAGUAGAGACCCUCUUAAGAAUAUUAGGAGGGCGGGCAGGGGAUGGACUAGACCAUGUGAAAAAUGAACAUAAUAUUUUAGCAGCAGUUCAUUCACUUUCAGCUUUUCAUUCUUGUUAUAAAGAAAGUGUUCCUGGACAUUCCGUUGUUGCGCCCAUAACUUCGGCUUAAGGUGCCAUUUAGCUCCUAGCUUGCAUAUCUCAGUUUCUAACACCGCAUCUAAUGCUAAAGCAUGACUGCAGCUAAGCAGGUGUGGACCUGAUUAGUCCCUUGGGUGGGGGACUACUGAGAUGCCUAACAUGCUGUGAUAAGAUACAAGUAUGUGUGUUUUUUUAAAAGCUCCUAUCAAGCACCUAGUUUGACCUAGUUUCUUAGCAAUGCUAAGGAAGCAAUGGGCACAUGCUCGUUCAGAAGCCCUUGUAUGUUUUGCUUAGCAGGUAGCUCUUUUACAAAUGGCUUCUCAAACGUUCUCUGUGUGAGAUUGUGACAGGGUCUCAAGACCAGAGGCUGCUCAUUCCAGGCUGUGCCAUUCUAGCUGGCACAUUUGCUAUGCCCUUCACCCAUGCUCAUUAUCAGCUGAUCCAGUGCAUUUCUUUGCCAACCUGUUGAUGCAUGGAGCUUUCAGGUUCUGGCAACAUGAAACAAUAAAAUAUAGGAGGGAGCUUGCUGUCUGAUCCUUAGCCAACUAAUGCCAUUUCUUUAAGUGGCGUUUAGAAUCGGGGUCUCAGUGUACAACCUUCCAAAAACAGUUACAACGAGGUUUGCCUGGUUCUCUUAAGUAUACGUGCUCUGGAAAUAUGAAACUCAGCUGCUGAGGAAGGGACACAGAGCAGACCUAGGAGGUGUACCCAUCCGGUCAACAGAUGCAGGAAGUCUGAUAGGGGACCCGGUCUGCCUCAGGAGCAACAUGGCCUCUGACUGCAGCUGCCCUGACCCUGAGGGCUCCAAGAAGAGAAUCUGAGGAGCAGAAACAAAAAAGAGGCAGGAAGCUGGACCUCCGUGCAUGCGUACUUUCCUUUCCUGAGCUUGGCAGUACUGCACAUCCAGCCUCUAGGUUCAAAACACCAUGUAUUGAAUGCUUUAAAUAUUUAUUUUCAUUGUAUGUAGUUCUUAUUUUAUAGAUGAUGCCAACACUUGUGAUUUGAUCGCUUUCUUUUCAAAGAAGAAGACAAGUGGCUGGACACCACAGGAGGAGAGAGUCUCUUGUGUUUGGGUCUUGCUUGAGUUUCCCACAGGCAUCCAUGAGAACAGGAUGCAGGACUAGAUAGACUAUUGGCCUGAUCCAGCAGGACUCUUCUUGUGUACAGGUUAUUGUCUCAAACACAGUGUCAGAAGUAUUCUGCCAUUUUGAAGCCCAAGUGUUCAUAGGCACAGGCCUGAGCCUGGAUGCUGAUAAUUCUAUUAUUAUCUUCUAUUUCUCUUGUGCGGGGAGUUUUCUGUUGCUGUCGGAAGAGUAGUCAGGCAUGCAAUCGCCACUUGCAUCCUAAAGUGGUAUAAUCUGGAAAAGUGUGACUUAUUGGCUCUUUAAAUCCUGUAAAUGCCCUUGGUUUCUAUGGAACCAUAGAACAUAAUUUGUUGUGCUUAUGAUUUUGGAUUAAGGAGUUUUUUAAACUGUGAAUUUAGCUUCCACUGGAAGGCAAAUAAAACAACAACAAGUUGAGUGAAGAGCUUAUAAGAAAUGAAAAUGUCCAUACAGUGAUCCAAGGAAGAAUACCACACUAAAUUACCAGCACUUCCUUCGUUUUGAUAUGAGUAAGCAUAAACAAUACAGGAAGUUCGAACACUACCAGUGUUGAUUGAUACAAGGUGUGCACUUAGAUUGCUCACAUUCAGGAGAUAAGGAAGAUAAUUGCAUUUUGGGCUUUCAGUGGGUCAGUUAGUCAAGGUUAAAGGGAGACUUCCUCUUUUGCAAGUCACAUUUAUAUACAAUAUCUGGGCCAGAUCUUUGAACUGUUUAAAUAACUAGCUCUGUCAAUGUUAAUAGAACUGCAGUAGCAUCUGCACCCCAGGAAUCUGGCUCACUUCUGAAAGUUAGGCAGACUUACAAACAGGCCAUCAUUAUAUAUGAUAACAUAACUUUUACAUGGCUAAGCCACGUAGCAUAUAGCAUGUAGUCUACAUGUAGAUUGUCACAAACACACUAGCUCUUGAUUCUCUAGUUGUGUGGCACCAAUUCUGCAUUUCAGGGUUACUUUAAGAUAACUGAACCUCUGCACAGGCCUUUAUUUCCUGGACCCUGAGUGUUUACCCGUUUCUGCCUAUAAAUUAUAGAUGGUAGACUGCUUGCUUUGAAGUGCAAACUGGUGGACGUUUAGGAACAAAGCUUUGAAAAGUUCAGGUUAAAACUAGCAGGGCUUAAUUAGUGAGAAUAAGAGUGCCCAGUUCAAUAGUAAGAAAGUAGAUUACCGGUAACUGUUCUUGCAAGGGCCUUUUGUAUUGUUCAGUUGUAAUAAUGGUAACCCUAAGAGGAGAAUCUAAUUGCUUUCUGCCCUUGGGGAGGGGAGCAUUCAUAUGUGUGUCUUCUUCUUUGUGCAGCUACCACUUCCUUUCCUAGUGGUUUCUUAUGAAUUAUCCCCUCCCUAUAUAUCUAUCAUCUGCACCAGUGUUCUGGAUUUGUGAGUUUAGCUGAAGUCUAUAUGUACUGUGUGCAUGUCCGCACACACACUGCAGAAUUUAAAUUGGAUUUUCUUCCAAGUAAGCUCCGACCUAGGCCCGUUUACUCUAUAGUUGAAUGGGGCUUGCUUCUAGGUGAGUGUUCAUAGACUUGCAGCCUAAAUUUCUCUAGAUUCCCUUCUCCUCCUCCUCCUCCUCCUCCUCCUCCAUAUUUGGUUCUCUACGGGUUUCCCUCAUUCCCCAACCUGCCUUCUGCUUCUCUCUCUGCAUGUGUGUGCAUGUGUGCCCGCACUCACUCUCUCCCUCUCCUCCAGCUUUUCACACUCACUCUCUCCCUCUCCUCCAGCUUUCACACGCACCAGCAAGGAAACCUUUGAACAGCAAGUGCAGGAAAAGAUUUUAUUCCUUCCCCCCAGAGUUAGAGGGAGUGCCUGUGCAUGCCAUCCUGCCAGCGGGAUAUCUUUGCACCGUUUCAUGCCGACAUCGUAACCUCAGCUCCUGAUCCAGCAAGUGGGCAAGGAGUGACUGCUUGAUUUGUUUUCCUCCUCUGAUCUCUCUGAGCUGCUUUUCGGCAGAGCAGAUUCUAUUCCUUACUUAGCAGAGGGUAAUGUGUGCUCUUUUAGCCACUUAUCUGCUUACUUGGCCACCAGCCUAAUGUUGCUGUGAUUGACAAGGGGCCAUACCGCUGACCUCAUUCCCCUCCCUUCCCCCGUAGAGCCGAUGCACAUGGUGGCGCCCUCCUGUUGCCAUGGUGACUGGGGCCAGAGCAAGUCCUGUUCCCACAUUGCCUUAGGAUAGAUGUGUUGCAGUUUGAUGCAGGCCUUUGCAUUACGGGGGUUUAUGGUUGGCAACAUUCCACUCUUUUGCUGAGUGAGGGAGUGUAAUCUAAUUACAAUCCAAGAGACAAGGUCCUCAGUGGUCAGUAUCAUUUUUUCCUGGGCUGCGCUGUCUCCCAAAGUGGGGGAGGAAGCAAUAGCUAUUGUGCAGAAGUGCAGUUCAUGCUAAGCAGAAUUUCACUCAUGGACAGGAGCUGAAAUGGGCAAGGAAAUGUUUGUCAUUCAAAGUUGUCCUCGUUGGAUAAGGGCUGUCCUACCUGUACGGCAAAGUAAUGUGAUUAGCCAGGACUGUGCCACUUCAGAUUUGAUGAGUGCAUUUUGAAAUGGGCCCUCAUAUUUUGCCAAAUAUAUACAUGUAUAGAGAGAAAUCCAUUAGCACAUAUUUGAAGGGAAGAGAGUCCAGCCUGGUUGUCUCCCUUGUAUGUUUGUUUUCUGUGUUCAGGGAGUGGGGGGGGGGGCGCAUUCCAAACGGACAAAAGUGAAGUGUGAUUUUAUUGCAUGACUCUAGAUUCCUCAUAAGAAUUGUGGUAUGUAAGAUUAUUAUGCAAAUUUGUGAGAAUGAUGGGGAUCCAGGAACUGCUUGCAGAUGGUUCUGCCUAACAAAGGAUGGCCUGUGCAUUCUUAGGGGUUUUAAUUAGUCAAUCCUGAGUUCAUGCUUUUCCCAUAACAGCUUUGCAUAGGAACCUUGCCUGCCACCUCUUCCUGUCCUUCAUGAGCCCCACCCAUGCAAUCAUCUAAUGUGAUCAGGGUCACAUCAUACCAAAAGCAGAAAGCAAGCCUUGGCAGAGCCUCAAGCAAAUGCACGAAGCCACAACAGAUUGUUUCCUCAGUUUGGCUAAUGCAUCUGACAUAGGUACUAAGGCCAUAGGGUGCGCUGGCAAGGUAAUUAGCCAAACCCAGGGGAGACUUGCAUGUAUACAAUUCCCUGCCUGUCCACAACUGGACACUGGUUAUGUCUCAAUGCGCCAGAGUAGACCUGGGAGAAAAAGGAGCCAGGAGGAGGAAUUGGGGCCCCCUCCAGUGUUUUUGCUUCCUGAAGACUCAAACAUGUUGACCUGUUCCUGCUAAAUCUUUUGUCUGUAUUAGGAAGCACAUCACUUGCUGCAGCACUCACCAUUAAUAUUCAAGGUGUUACUUUUUAAAUAAUCCUGCUGGUGCAAAAAAAAGAAGUGUCAAUUACAAAUAGAAAAACCAACCUGCUGGAAAAGAAAUGCAGAUCUCUUCCAUGGCAACGUACAAAAAUAUCCAAUCUUCCAAGGUCUCAGUGGGCUGAAACCACCUCCCUCUGCAUUAUUUCAAACUGAGAUAAGAAGACAAUUGGGCUGCAGCCUCUGCAGAUUCACUAAUUCCUUUCCUGUGCCUUUGAGAAGGGAAAUGAGUAAGGUCACUCAAUAAGUUAGUAGCAGAGGUGAGGAAUGGCAUCCAGGUACCAUAACCCCUUUGAUACCCACUAUCACUCUUGUUCUAUCUACUACCUUCAUACAUUGUAGUGUAGAUUAUCUAGUCUGGUAGAUUUGCAUCUGCAAUGCUGCAGCCUAGUUCAAGCAACUGUGUACUAUUUAUAAGCACUCAUCCUGAGAUUAAAAUAUCCUGAGAACCUGUGAUGGACCCUGGUGGUCAUAUAUUUGGUUGGAGCUUACCUGAAUCUUGAUCAGAUGUGAGAUUCUGCUCAUAUGAUAGAGAGCAAAUAAUCUUGUUACCCCGUUCGUAUGAAACAGAUAGCCAGUGUAGUGCUCUCCAGAGGUUGUUUGACUCCAGUUCCCAUCAGCCUAUGCCAGCAUGGCCAGUGAUCAGGGGUGGUGGGAGUUGUAGUCAAACAAUAUAUUGAGGGCACCAUGUUGGCUGCCCCAGUGAAAAUAACCUCCGUCUUGGGAUGCUAUAGCAACAUGAUAAAAAACCUGACCCACUACUCCUGACAUUAGUUGUCCUGGAAACCACCAAACACCCAAAACUCCUGGCACUAGAAGAACCACCCUACACACAAAUACCAGGCAUAGGCAAACUCAGCCCUCCAGAUGCUUUGGGACUGCAACUCCCAUCAUCCCUAGCUAACAGGACCAGUGGUCAGGGAUGAUGGGAGUUGUAGUCCCAAAACAUCUGGAGGGCCGAGUUUGCCUAUGCUUGCAAAUACCCACACCCACACAGCGUGAUGGGGCAUUUGGGUGGUUAAUAAUAUGACCCAGUUGAAUCACACCAUUAUCUUUGUAACAGGGUUCAUCACAUGACACCUGUUUCUCCCUCACAGCAGGGCUCAGAUUUUCAUUAGGAUGGUUAAAACCUGUGAAAAGUUCGAUCCACUUUCAAGAAUUCAUUGGGAAUCUUGCAUAUGUUUUACUAUCAACGUUUAUUUUUAUUUCUGCUUCGCCAUUAUUGUCUGCUGCAGGGAAGGAAAGGUAGGUAGAAUAGCUAGGUUACAGGCUUCAUCAUGCACCCCCUGUUCUAUUAACUUCGUAAAUACAUACUUUUUAUUACACUUUCUCUCUCCCCUCCAAAAAAUCUGGUUUAUUUUUUUGACUUUAUUUUGGACACCGAGAAUUUGGGGCAAUCUGAAUGGGGAUACAGCUGCAGGACAAGAGAGAAGAAUAGUGGGUCUAAACCUUCUAUCUCAGUGUCAGGAGAGUUUCUAUGGCAGACUGCAAAUUUUACUGCAGUGUGAAUGCUUUUCAGUGUGCAGUCUCCAUGAGCACCAGCAUUCAAGAAGCUAAAAGAGGUGUCUUUGGAUUAGCGUUUCGUUUCGAAAAAUAAGAGGGAAAGAUGAAUGAUCUUUAUACAGUGCCUAUUUCUCCACUAUGACUUCUUCCAUAGGAAUAUGAGAUGUCCAGACACAACUAUUGGGUUUUUUCUUUUGGAACUGGCUAGGAUUUUUUGAGGAGGAGUCUGCAGUUGACUGGGUGGCACAAUAUACAAUGAAAGGAUCUGGGAAAGCCUUCCUGACCUUGGAUUUUUGAAGCAUGAAAUUUAAUUAUUGUGAUCUUACCAUGCAUGACUUGAAAGUUAUGGCCCAUAAAAUUAUCUCGUCUGCACACUUGACUCCAUUACAUCUCCAUGGUGUCAUCUCACUUGGGUUGGCUUUGUGCCACAAGACUAAGAGAAAGGAAGUUCCUAGGCUUGUUCUAGCCAGGUCUAACUCCUGGUCCUUGUUUUUCAUAUAUUAUGUCGGGACUCACUUGUUCCAUGAGAGCUCCAACAGAUGAGCUCCUCCUGCAGAAAUGAGUGAAAUCUGUGAUUCACUGUAGGAGUGAGCAUCUUUGUUGACAUUGCAUCCUAUCAGAGGUAUCUAAGGUAGCAAACAAUUUUUAGUUACAUGUAAUUAAUGCAGUUUAUGUGUCAUGUUUUUGAACAUGGCAGAUGCCAAGCAAUAGGUAUAGUACAUGUUGCAUUUAUUCCACUGUAUGACGCCUUCAUUUGCCCCACCUACAAUAAAACAUGUCUCUCCCAUAUCGGUCUCCACAGCCACAGCAGGCGCUGUAACUCUUCAAUGGUUUGAUUUUACCUUGAAAGGCACACCCUCCCAUUGUCUCCUGAGACAGAUGCCAACAGCAAUUGUGUGGUGGUUAUAGCAUGUUCAACUGGGGAGACCCAUAAAGCCCACUGGGUCACCUUGGCCAGUUGCUUAUCUCACUGCCUAACUUAUAUCACAGGGUUGUUGCAAGGAUAAAAUAGAGGGGGUUAGCAUACUCCCAACGCAUUGGAGGAAAGGCAGGUCAAAAAUUUAACUUUUUCAGAGAGGAGGAAAUGUCUGGCCAUUUCAAACUUCUGGGUAACCAAAUCUGCUUGUUAUACCACAGCAUGUGUUUAUGACAGCAAACAGUUCCCUGUAGAAACAUAAUUCAGUCUGGCUUUCUUUGCAGCAAAUGCUGUUGUAGGUUUGUGGCUGCAAAGGUUGUUUGUCUCAAAUGCUGCUCAUUAAUGGGCAAGUGACCUGAUUGGCAGCUGCAACAGUACAAAAUGCUUCCCUUAUGCCAAAUAUAUCAGAUGAUUAUCUUUGUUUUGGAGGGGGAAGGUUUAUGCUUCUGUGAUCCAUUGGCAUCUGAUUCUGGGAAUACACAGCACCCUGCCUAUCCCUAUUGAAAGUAGGUGGAGCUCUGUUUGUUUUGUUAUAAUGAGAACAUGACUGUAGGUUUGUGCUCCAGUUUCGAAUAACAAGGUUUUGUUGAAAGGAAACUUUUAAAAGUAAUGCUUUGAACUGCAAAAUAAUAAUAGGAUUAAUUUCUACAUUGGUGAUACUUUUUAUAAGCAGAGCCUGGUUUUGUUUGGCAUUUCACUUUUUUAUGUGUCACAGUUAGCAAACUUUUCUCCAAGAUGAAUGCUUUAUGCACCCAACUGUUGCUCUCAGUGAGUUCUUGAAGAAUACGUUUGUCAGAAUGAGUGCCCCCGUGGUGUUCAAAACUAUGACCCACUGCCAAAACAAUCAUGAACUUGUGAAAAAUAAUUUAUGAUUAUGUAUUUUCUUUUUUCUAAAAAAGCAAGGCAUCUUUGGAAGUUUUUAUUUGCUUUUUAUUGAUUUUUUAAAGUGUAAAUACAUCUGCAUAGACUUACAAAGUUGGUUUGCAGAUGAAUAUAUAACUUACAACAAUUAUACUAAACAGUCAAAAUAAUAUGAGAGAAUGAAUGCCAGAGUAAUUGCAAUUACAUUAUUUUUGUCAUUUGUUACAUAUGUCAUAAUUUAAUAGAGAAAUGAUAGGGAAUCUUUGGGAGUUUUAAAGCAGUCCUGUGAAUAUGUUUUAGCGAAACAAGUAUUAUGGUAGUGGUAAUAUGCAGUAUUGAUUCAUCAUAAAUGAAUAGUAGCCUGUACAAAGCAAGUAAACGAUCUGUUCUGCCCCAUUUUCCAGAAACCAUUAUGCUGUGCCAUUGAUUUCAGAUUUAGGAUUUGUCUAAGUGCAGGAGAGAGGCUUUCAACACUUUAUUUCACAACACUUGUGAACUUGUGAGAUACAGCUGUGUUACCACCUUGAGCUUGAGGUAAAUCCUUGUGUUAGUAUGUGAGGAUGAGUUUUCCCUUCCAGGCACAAGGAUAGUUCUGUUUUGAUCUUCUGUAAGCCUCUUGACUUGAGGGGAUGUGGGUUCAAAUCACCACUCAUUCUUGAAGCUUAUAGGAUGUUGUUAUGCUAGUCACAUGGUCACUCAACCCUACCUCACAGGGCUUUUGUAGGGAUAAAGGGGGGGGGGAACCAUUUGUGCUAUGAGUUCUUUGGAAGAGCGGGAUAAGAUGUGGUUUAUAUAAUAAUCUCAUAGGCCUGAAUCAUCUUAUUUCCACAUCUCUCAAACAUUUGUGAAAAGAAAAGUGAUAACUAAGACACUAGCAACAUGAAUUUAACUUUUGUAAAGCAAGUGUGAAACAAUUGUUAAUUUCACAAAAACGUGAGUUAAUUUCAGCCAGAUGUGAAUAAUUAAUAGACUUCUUACACUGCUAGGGCUAUACUUCCCUUUGUGUCUUUGCUAGAACAAAUUUAAUUCUGUUCCAGCUUGAAUAAAUAGUAUAUAUGGUAUGUAUGCAUGCAGUGAUGGAGUCAGGUUAUUCUGGUGGACAAGACUGUCAUGUUGUAAGCAGUAGAAUUUGUACAGAAAGGCUACCAUUUCAAAAGUCCAUGUCCGUUUUGGACUGGAAUCUCCAAUAGCAAAAGCUUGUCUGAGGAAGUAGAAUGCUACUUCCCCUCAUUCAAAAACUAUUGUGUUUAGACACUAGAAUUGCAUCUGCGUUCUUCCUGUUCACUAUUGUAUCAUUGGUUGCUAGGGGAACCAGCUAUGGUAACUUAAGAAGGGAGAUUUCACCCAGUGCAGCAACGGGACUAUUGCUGAUGGGUGCACAAUGUCAUCCUUCCGAUGCAUUUAGGAAGCUUGUUUUGUGCAGGGCUGGGCUGGGGUGGGGCAACCAAUAGUGUAUAUACUGCAUGUGAACCCCCCCCCAACCCCCCCCCCACAGUUUUGUGUUGACACAGUCCAGAGGCCUCUUAUUAACUGCUGAUAAUUCCAGCUUUUCCUUCAUUAAAGUAAGUAUCUGGCUCUCAAUUUGGCAAGAUAAACUAUGUUUCUGAGGACUAAAGCUGAUGUAACGUAGGAUUAAGGGUAUCUGGUAGAAAUCUCAGCCAAGCCUUAGGCAAACCCACUCAUUUCUUAAGCCUGUUCUGAAACACUCCACUUGCAUAGACCUUUCCCCCAAGUCUUACUGUUUGUCUAAGGAACAUAUAGACUAAUAAAAAGAAGUUUCGCUACCAUUAUUUCCAGACUUAACCUGACUCACAGAUCCAAAAUAAGUCUGUGGGCAAUGUAUGCACCAGCUGUACUUUGUGUUAAUUGAAUUAUAUGCAAAUUAAGUUACAUUUGGUGAUAUGCACGUUGCCCAAGCUGCCCCUCCUCUAGCUUAUUUUUCCAAUAGGGUUGGCAGUGCUAGGCCGAUUGGCUGGUAUAGCAGUAAAGGGGAAAUUACCACAAUUCUGUGAUGUAAAAAGGCAACACACACACACACACACACACACACACACUAGCUGAUUAGCAUUGUGUAAUAAUAAUCUGUGGUCUGCUUCUGAGUUUUUGAACGCUAAUAAAUGUUGAUGAAACAAAAAGCAGGAAUGCAUAUUAAAUUAUAUAAAUGGUAGUAUGUGGAAGAUCCCUGUGUCUACCCAGGAGCAAGUUUCCUUUAAAUCGGAGAAUGGAUUUUCCCCUGCUAAGUUGCAGUUUCCUUGUGCUACAGGUUAGUCUGUGUCCUUGUUACCUUAUAAGAUGCCAGCAAUGCCAGUUCACAGUAUAUUAUUCAAAUCUGAUGGACUGCAAAAUGUGGGGGGCAACAGACCCCAUUGUUUUCUUUUAAAAUUAUUAAUCAAUAUGAGCAAAGGGUUUAAGGUAAAGAACCCCUGGAUGGUUAAGUCCAGUCAAAGGUGACUAUGGGGUGCGGCGCUAAUCUCACUUCAGGCCGAGGGAGCUGGUGUUUGUCCACAGACAGCUUUCCAGGUCAUGUGGUCAGCAUGACUAAACUGCUUCUGGUGCAACGGAACACCAUGACGGAAACCAGAGCACAUGGAAACGCCGUUUACCUUCCUGCCACAGUCAAUAUGAGCACUUGACUAUUGGUACAUGAAAACAGUGCAUCAUAAAGUAAGCAAACUCCUGACUCUUCCAGUGACAUGUGAGGAGGGAGUGGGAAUAAGCAAAAAGGAAAAGGAAUAAAUUGAAAGCCGCAUUGCACAAGCAGAAGUUCUUGCGCAGGGCUUCCGCCGGCAGGGGCCCCUUAGGUGAAUCCGGCCCCUAGGUUCCCAUCUGUCUCUUGGACUACUUUUUAAAGUUCCCACUCACAAGAGGGUUUAACAGAAUGAAUGGGAUAGAGAGUUGUGCAGCAUUUGAUGCUAGAAUAAAGCUAUAUAAAUUAAAUGGCAAUUAAGGAGAAGACAAUUACCAUAGUUGUCCCAAGGCCCUGGAAUUACCCUCCUAUGGAAAGUAUGAAGCUGCGUCUUUCAUUUCUUUCCAGAAUAAUAAUAAGAGCAAACACAAAACUUUCUUAUUCCAGAGAGCAUUUGUCUAUUGAGUUGUGCUGUGCUGUUGCUAUUACAUUUUUUCCAGUUCUGAUGUUAUCUGUUGUAAUGAAUUUUCUGUUUUAAUGUGAUUGUUGGAUGUUAGGUAUAUGUGUUAAUGUCUUGAGCUGAGGAUAUUUGGGAUAGAAAUAUGUAUUUUAAAUUGAGUAAAUAGAAGUGGAAUACUGGCUCCGAAAUACCAAGAUUGGACUAUUGAGAACAGUCAGCUAAAACUAUUCAUUACACACAGACUGUGAGAGUAGAAGCUGUCCUGAGAAAGUGAAACAUCUCUUAUUUGUGUCAUCAUACCCUUUAUGUGGAAGCGUGAUCUAUUUUUACCUGAGGUAAAAGAGUAAAAAGGGACUUGAAGGUGUGAGAGGAGUUUCUGACAUAACACUGUUCAUGUAGUUCCUCCACCCCAUAAUAAUUUGUAUGUUCAAAUGCACAUUCACAUUAACAGAUCUUUUAAAAACCACUCAUGCAGAAGUACUUUCAAAGCCUUUCAGCACAGUGAAGCCACAUCUGCACCAUAUAUUUAAGGCGCUAUUAUACUACCUUAACAGUCAUGGCUUCAUAGUUUGUUCAGGGUGUCGUUCGGAAACCCCUAUUUCCCUCACAAUCCUUCUUCACGGGGAAGUGGGAAUUGUAGCUCUGUGAGGGGAAUAGGGGUUUCCGAACGAUUCACAGCACCCUUAACAAACGACAGUUCCCAGGAUUCCUUAUGAGAAGCCAUGGCUGUUAAAAUGUUAAAAUAGUGAUUUAAAUGCAUGGUGCAGGGGUGGCCUAAGUGUAUUUUUAUCUCCCACAGUUCAUGUAUCUUCCUUGGAGGUUGUGAUUCAUUUGCAACAACAGUAUUUUCCCCGAGCUGUGAAAACACUUUGGGUGGUAUUCAACAAAGUUUUACUGAGAGUAGACCUGCUGAAAUUAAUGUGUGGGGUCCAUUCAUCUCAGUGAAUGCUCGCUAAGUGAAGCUUAGUUGAAUACCACCUAAUAAUGUACCUGAGGGAAAUGUGAUGCCCCCUCAAAUGGCACCUCCCUUGUUGUUAUGCUUGCCAUGUGGGAAUGCGUGGGAAUGUCAUUGGUAAUACAAUGUUUCUUGUGAAAUUAGUGAUCAGCAAUGCAGCUUCUCCUUCCCAUGCCCUGCUUACCCUAUUCUGUUAACUUACUUUUUUAUCAUGUUUAAUUAUUUUCUUUAAUGGAAGCUAUCUGAUUUCAGGCUGUGUAAUUUCUCCUCUGCAAUGCUUUCCCAGUAAUACUGAUUAAAAUAGAAAAGCACAGCAAAGCUUUUCUCCCCUUUCCCAUCUCACAUAUUAGGUGAGCCUUUUUUAUUAUUUAAAGUAUUUGGUACAGGCUGGAUCCUGGCCUGGUUCCUGAGUCAUUUCUCCACCUCUCCCCUCCUCUUCAUCUGCAGUUCCCCACCCUGUUCCCAAGGGUCUCUCACCCCAGAAGCAGAUUUUCAGGAUAUACAAGGGGCUGAAGUGAAAGGGGGGGGGGGAGGCAAACUUCAUUUCAUUCAUGAAAAGAAAAUCGGGUCUCAGACCACUUGCAGCUUUUUUCUCAUAUGCAAGUGUGCAUUUCUAGGAAGGCUGUGGAAGGGAUUGGGCAAAACAGUCGCACAACUAUUGUCCUUGCAGCAAAACCUCCUCCCUUGGCAUCACAUGUGGAUGCAAUAUUAUCACUGGAAUAAGGGACCUCCAAAAUGCAGAGGGCCUUUUGUUCCCUGGUAAAUGAGAUACUGCAUUGCAAAACAUUCUCCCUCUUCUAUCUGUGGCCUCCAACAUUAGGGGCAGGGAUGCCUGAAGAGUGAUGCCUGGAAUAGACUCCCCGAGUGCUGCAGAUUUGUACCUCUCACAUUUGCCUUUUCUAUUUUAAAGCUUCUCUCGUUUUCUAUUUUAAAGCUGCUUCUCUCCUGAGUGUCACAAAUGCUGCGAGUACUUACACAAAGCAUCAGUCUCUUAAAACUGAGAGAGAACCAGAGCCGAACAUGGGAUGUCCCUCUAAUAAGGAACAGUUGAGGUGGAUGCGAAAGUAUCACCUCUCGACCUUGUGCUUGACAGGAAAGCGAAUGAAGCGUGGCCAGGGAUUUUUUUUUAGCUUUGGCCUUUCUCAGCUCAUAUUUCCAGAAAGAUGUUAAAAAUUCAGAUGUGCUCAAAAAUGUUAAAAGUGAAGGUAUGCGCCUGUUUCAAGUCGCCACCAUAUUUUAUAGCCAGGCAGCGUCCAUCUAAUCCCUUUGUUUCUUCAUUUAUGUAACAUUUUUGCUCCGUUUGGGGGUGGUUACGAGUCUUAACUGAUUCAUAGCUCAGCUUUUGCAGAGCUUAUCUUAAUUAACUAGCCGAGUAGCUGAGCUCUUGAAAACAGCUGUGGUUGCACGGAGCAACUUUGCUCAGGCAGAAUGCAUCUCUCAUUUCUAACUAGCCAAUGAUAUUGCCUGAGAAUCCCUCAGUGCACAAAUGCAGCAGCACUUUAGAUAAAACAUUCCAGAAGAAAAUAGGGUGGGGGAAGCAGCAACCUAAAAAGCACUGGAGUAGGCAGAUCUCCUCCUUCCUUAAGAAAUAGAGUCUGUGAGUGAGCCUAUUGUCGGGCAAUGAAACAAUCAAGAGCCCACCCAACUCCCAUAGAGCUUUCUGCAACCUCUCAGCCAUUUCCUGCUCCCAGGAGGCCUGAGGUGCCUAGACCUUGAGGUAAAAGCAGAGGAAACGGGAGGGCAAACACCAAAUUCUUUCUCACUGCCUAAAGAGAAGAUGGUGGCCUUCCUCUGCAGUGCAAUUAAUCCCCCUCCCACCUCCCCCUGCCUAGACCCAGAAUUAAUUACUUGAUUAUAAACCCCAAGUGGUAGUUAAUAAUAAUCCCCUCAAAAUUGGUCUUUGCUGUCAUUUUCCCCCUCCCACAAACUCCCUUGCCUGCUCCUAACCAGUUAACAUUUCCUCCUGCUCUGUCCUUCCCCUGUUUUCAUUAAAGGUUUGAAACUAGGCAGAUUUUUUUCUCCUGAGGGGGAUUAGGUGCACUGAGAGAAUUAAGGGCAAACGUCUGUGGAUUUUCUCUCUCUCUCUCUGAGCGUGCCCUUGGUGCAACGUCUGGAGGUGCCCAGUACCGAUCCUGUACUAGCAGCUUUUGGCUGGAGACCAGCUUCUCCAAGCCAAGCUGUUGAGCAGAUGAUUCAAACUGAGUAGCCAUUUUGGGAUUGGUCAGUUAGGUCCAGCUUUCCGUCCUUCUCUCUUUUACAGGAACUCAGUAUUUGAGGGCAGAGUAGGUUUUCCCCAUCUGAUAAUGGUUUUUAAUGCACACACAACAACACACAAAUUCAAAUGCUCUUCCCCAAAAGCCUGGACAGAAAGAUCUUUGCAUGCCAACAAAUCAGCAUCAGUUCUACUGUCAUUUGCAUAGAGUAAGGCUUGCUACCACAGAGAAGAGAGAGGGAGCAUUUGGGAGGGUUGGUUCUAAAAUGCUUUGCCUUCCUCUAGGUCUAUGUAUGCUUGGGUCUGUAUAAAUACUCCGCUAUGGCCUCUGAACUAGUUUGGGUGGGCAGUGUUUCUGUCUGUCCUUCAUUCGUUCCCCAACCGUAGAAAUAUAGUAAAUAUUUAUCAGACCUGGGAGAAGUUAUCUAAUUAGGGAAAAUGUGUUCUGCAUGAAAAUAAAUCCAAAUUCCUACCCUAAAUAAUCUAAACAGCACGCUGAAAAUUGGGCUGCAACAAUUGGAGUAAUCCUAUUCCCAUUGGGGAGCAGCAAGGUGUGCUUCUCCAACAAAGAGUAAACUAUGCAGUGUCCUAACUGCCUCCUCAACCAUUGAUAUGGAAGGUGCUCUGUUGGUUAAUCAUUAGAUUAACCAUUAGAUGAACUUUUUUAAAAAGAGCUUCCCCAACUGAUUAGGCAGGUAGAUUAAAAAAAAAACACCUAAUUAAUUUAAAGAUUAGUACCCAAAAAAGUCAUAUGUGAUGGGUGCCAUCUUAGGAGAGGCAUUUCCCCAUCUUUCUCCCUGUGCACAUAUUAAGUGUUGCCUAAAAAGCAAGAAAUGUGUUCUUCUUUUGCAACUGUUGUUGUUUUCACUUACGGAAUUUAUGCAAAGUGGAUUGAUUUAAAACUCAUACAAUUAAGGAGUUAACUUCUUCAGUCAGAUGAUGGCUAUUAAAAAUAAAAUAAGAAUCCUGUGCUCUGAAGAAAUCAAGCAGAUCUUAUCACCCACCAUCAUGUUUUAUAAAGCACCCCAAAUUCUUCUGUGUGCUGUUCAAUGAAAAUCUUAAGAGGAUGAUGCUCUGCCUUUAGGUUCACACUCUGAAUUUGGCCAGUACCAUGUGAUAGCUAAAAGGGUGGGUAGAUGGACAGAAGGGGAGGGAACGAAACAAAAUAUAUAGAUGUUUGUUUAUUUUGGGGGGGGGAAAUGAUUCUUGAUUGGUUCAGAGUCGUCUGAAAGCUCAUGGAAGGCCUGGCUCUGCCUGGAUAAGAGCUCUCUUGGGAAGUAGGUGUAAGAUGCUGCGACUUAUGUGGAGGUGGAGUGGGCUGCAAGUUUAAUAAAUAGAUUGUCCUUUCCCUCUGUUUUAUGGGAGACAGAGUCUCCUACCUGCCUUAUAUAUAUUCAAAUGCCCACAUGUUUCCAGGAUUCCAAGUUCUGUGUGUUCAGAGAUCACAACACAUGGAACAAAUCCAGCCUUGCUUUUACUAUACAUGCUGCCUGUAGAACAGCUGUUAGGUGUGGUUGUUUUUUUCUCAUCAAUGGAUAGGAGCUGAUCCAUACAGCCAUGUUAAUCAACAUUAUCUCCUUGUAUGACAGCCAAUGUGGCACAUAGGAUAAAGUGCCAGAUCUCUUUAAUCUUGCCCUGCUUUCUCUUUGUCUUUGGAAUUGGGAAGAGAUUUUUCACAAGGCAGGCUGAGUUGUACGGCGUGGCUUGCUUAUUUAAGCCACGUGGGAUCUGUGCCACAAAUCUUAUUUAUUCCCUGUGAUGUGCCUUGAUCUUUCAUUGUUGCCUAGUUAACCUAGUGAGUCAUCAUACUAUGAUUAUGGGAGCCGCUGUGAUGUAAUGGAUAGAAUGUUUGGCUUGAACCAGGGAGACCUAGAUUCAGAUCCCUGCUCUGACAAGAAUCUCCUUGAGUAGCCUUGGGCAUGUUGCUGUCUUUUAAGUCUGGCCUGCCCCAGAGGGCAGUUGCAAGGAUAAAAUGUCCUUGGCUUUUUGGAAGAAGGGCAGGUGCAAAUUAAACAAACAUGUAAACUGCAAUUAUCCACAUGAUAGUUGAUCAGCAAUAGCCACAGCAAUUGGAUAGAGCUUAAUCAUCAUGUGAAAUAAUUGCUGAUCGGUGCCAUAGCUGGACAACGUUAUCUGGGACAAAGGUGUGCAUCUGACUGUUAAGAUUAUACACCAAACACAUUUGUUGAUGCAGAAGAUAAAGACUCUGCAGGACUGGUUUAUCUGGAUCAUUUAUUAUCACAAAAAGCUCAUUUGCCAGAAAUGAGAUCAACUUCCCCUGCUGCAUGAAGUCAACCAGGAAGCUUUCUCAUCCGAAAAGGUGUUUGCCUAAAGCCCUUUCGUCUCUCUUACGUCUUCCAAACCAGUGAAGAUCCAUUAUAAAUAAUGUCCUUCCCCCACUCUUCAGAAAGGACUAAAAAUGGCAAUGUCUGGAUUAAUUUCUGCCCCGUGCAUUCAUUGUGCCAUUGUCAAAAGUGCCAUUUUAUUCCUCCCACCCUGGUCAUUUCUCCAGAUAUGAUAUCUGGGCUGGAUGAGGGCCCAGAAAAGCCAGCCUGGUGAAGGCAGUUAACUAAAAAUUGGGCACAAUAUGGAAGUUGAUACCUUCAGUUGAUAUUACACUAGAGCAGGCUUGCACAACUUGUGACCUACCAAACAUGUAUACUGAUUCAUGUUUGUGUCUGUAGAAGAGAUGUUGAGUACCUGGUAGGCUAAAUGGGUCACAAGUUGUAGAGGUCUGCACUGGGGGAUAUAAGCAUUCCAAUAUUAUUGGUCUCUUUGGUUGCUGUACUAUCAGUAGUAUAUAUUCCUUCCACCACUUAAUCUUCCAUGUGCCUUCAUAGUGUGCUCCUUCCUUCCUUCCUUCCUUCCUUCCUUCCUUCCUUCCUUUUUGCCAGCUCAAUCUAAAAUGUAUUACUUGGCAUUUCCUAAAUCGUGCUGUUGAUAACCAGAGUCAAACUCUUCUGUUAUUUACAAUGUCUAUCUUCUUAGGUGUGUCAGUAGUACAUUUUUUUAAAAGUACUUUAAAAAUGGCAAGCAGCUAUAUGGUUUAUUGAUACAAGAAUCAUGACAAUAAUAAAAAAUCUCAAAAAUUAAAUAUGAAGUAAAACUGAGGGAAAAGUUACAUAAGCCUCAAACAAGACACAGUCAAGCAAAAUGAAAGCCGAACUCUUGUAUAUGUUACAGUGUUGCCCAUUGUGUUAAUAAUAACCUUGUAAUAAUUAACUGUGAGAGCAUGAGACUGUUUUUUAAAAAAAUGUUUUAGAUAUGUGUUUGUUUUGUUUUUAAGUGUAUUGGCUUCUGUUCAACGUAGUGCUAAGGUUAUGGUUUCCUCAGCAGAAGGAUUUUCCUUAUACCACAAUAAUUUAUUUCCAUCUCCUCCACCAAUGCGCUCUACGAUCUGUUUUAGGGGUUCUUCCAACCUUCCAGAGCAGACUCAGAGGACUGUGGGGGGCACAUGCAGUGGGAGUAGAGAAGGAUAUUCCCAUUGGAUUAGUGGGAAUUCUUGUAAGGGCUUCUGCCACUGCAACUAUUUAGUUGAUUAAGGCCCAUUAUUUUGCUAAUUUGUUGCUGUUUGCUGCCCUUGACUCCUGGGGGGGAGGGGUCAGAUAGAAAUUAAAUAAUUAAAAUAUUUCUAAAUAUGUUAAGAAAAGCAUGAGUGAGAUACCUCUCAGGUUUUCUCACACUGAGAUUCAUACUUUUCAAUUUUUGAUUGACAAAACCAUGACAUUAUCACACAACAAUUAACACAUUUCCAGCAUGGAAUAGAAUUGCCAGUCUACAAGCAUGCUUUGGAAAGGUGAGGUUGGUUGGUAGAAACUUUUGCUGUUACUCUCUGAAUAUGAUAAACUAAGCUUGUUCAUGGCUUUGGGGAUGGAGUUAAAAACACAUUUAUUCAGGGAUUGAUCAGACCUUGUUAAGGAUGCAAUCGAUAAUCGCAGAGGUGUCCCAGGAGCUAUAGGAUAUUGUGAAUCUCCCUCCACAGGCAAAGGGGGAACUGCAUUGCUAGAGGUCCUUUCUGGAUGACUUCAGAAAUUUCUGAGAUUGUAGCUGUGAUGGAGGCAGGGCUGAAAGGGUAGCUUGUGUGGAUGUCUACUCAACAGGAUCCUUGUCUCCCUCAUAGCACCAAACAGAACCAGAAACCACUGGCAUGGGAACAUACCUAGUUAAUUCCCUUGCUUAAGAGGCAAUUGAAGGGAACAAAAAAAGGACAGAAGCAGGGGCUUAGGAGAUGGAGGGUACCUCUGUUGUUGAUCUCCCACAACUGCCACCAGAAGGGUUGCUCUGCCUAUGGUCUUGAGCCAGUUACCCUGGCUUCAAGGGAUCAGAGAUGCCUUUUUAAGGGAACGGGCUAAUGGUUAGAAGAUGCCUUCAGUCUGAUCCAGCAUGGUAUCCAAUACCAAAAGGGAGAUCUUCCAAGUGAGGAGUGCAGGCCCUCCAUCUUCUCCAAACUGGCUACAUUAUUGUUUUCCCUAGGUUAUUUUUGUGGCUAACAAGAAAAUUGUUGCUAACAAGAAAAUAAGUUUUUGAGAGGCUUGAGGGGAUGGGAACUUCAGGAUCAAGAAGUCUUGGAGUUCUCCUCAUGACAUUUUAGCUCUCUGGGUAUGUUUCUGAAAGCUCAUGUAGGGAACUAGCCAGGAAACGAUGGACGCUGCAUAUUUAUAACACAGGAUGGUCCUGAAAAGGCAGUUCAUGUGUCUUUUAGAAACUUUAUUCUUUUUUUGGAGCUUGGGAGGGAGACUGCUUUCCUUGUUCUUGUAAUGUCACAGUGGCUGUGUGUGGGCAUCGCGAUGCACCAUAGUUUAUGCUUUAGCAUAGACAUGCAGGUGUCAGGAGCCAGAGUCAGAUGUAGGUCAGUGAUAAAAGAACACAGUGUUGGCGAUCUUAACUCUUUAACGAAGAAACCAAAACAGCACAGGCUUAGUGAUCCCAGCAACUCUACCCAGUAGGUCUUGACACGCAAUGAGACAGUUGCAAGGACUGAAGGUUCGCACCUUCCCACAGCUGCCUAAGUCCCCACCUCUCCAGGGUUUUUUCCAAGCAAUUGGGGACAGUGUCUGCACGCAACAGUCCUCUUCUCUUUUCAUUUCUGUGUGUGUUGUGAGAGACUGGGGGGGGGGGGCUAGCUGCAGCAGGAAGGGGAGACUCCCUGGAUUCUUCAGCAGCCGGCCUCAUCUCUGUCUCCUGGCCCUCCUCCUCUCCAGCCUCUGAAUCAGGACUGCUCUCUGCCUCAGGCUCUUCCUGCUCACUAAACCCUGUUGCCUUUGGACACCUCCUUCCUUCCUUCCUUCUGCUCCCUUUCCCCCCCUCUGACCACUCAUGGUCAUCCCACCAUCAGUCUUCUGGCUCUGAGCCUUCUUCCCCUGGGGGUUCCCUUGGGGGUUUCCCAGCUGGUGCCUCCCACUACUCUGCCUCCAGCCAAUCCAUGACAGCGAAUGACUCUCUUUUCACUGUUUCACCCAGCAGGAGAAACAAACAACAAAGCCAGACUUCACACUCUGUUCAAAGUGGUUUAUUUUGCUACAAGCAAGUCAUGAUGUGAAGCCAAGCUUUUGCUCUUUGCUCCCCUUUCAUAGUUUGUUUGAGGGUUUCCUGGCAUGGACAUUAACACUAAACCUGGGCAACAUUGUUUGUUGCUCCCACUUGCGCAAGGAGAGGAACAAAGCAGUAGUGCUAGUCAAUGGGUUUCUGUGAAGAGUGAGAGCUAAGAGUUCUAGAAGACAUUUUGACUUAUGGCUCUCACUGUAGGUGUGAGACGCAAACUCCAUUUGAUACAUUACAUCAAAAGCGGUAAUGCAUAAGUCAUUUUAAAAUUAUCCUGCUUCCAGGUAACUUGUAAGCCAGUUCUGGAACACACUUUUUCUGACUCUUGAUUGUCUUUCCUCUGUUUGUCCCUUUUCUUGCAGAAGAUGCUAGUGAAGCAGCAGGACCGCCUGGAGGAACGCGAACAAGACAUUGAGGAGCAGCUCUACAAGUUGGAGUCUGACAAGCGGCUGGUUGAAGUAGCUUGGAUUUCUCUCUUCUUCCCUCCCCUCCCCAGUGUUAGACGCAAGAAGGAUGCUGGGCUGCAGUUACCCACCAGUCAAGGAAAUACCUUGAUAGAAAAACUGGGAAGGGAGAAAGUUUCAGCCAGCAUAGCAAUCAUGGAACCCUAGGUUUUAAGACCUUAUUCUGCCAGAAUGACCUUAUAAAGGGCCUGUCUGCUGUAGCUCCUAAGCAAACCCAGUAGCCAAAGUUUAAAGGACACAAGGGUGUGAAGUCUUUGGCAGAGAGAGCAAAAAUGACCGACUCUGCAAGCAUCUCUCCAUACAGCUGUAAAUCCAAGAACUUGCUUUGUUCAGCAGGGACGAACCUCUCAAGGUUUGGUUCCCAUCAUCCUAUCCCUCCUGGUGCCUUACUUAAGUAACCCUACUUUCUUCUUCUGUGAUGAGGAACAAAGACCAAGAGUCCUCACUCACAGCCUCCUUCAAGUUAUUAUAUACCCCAUUCUCUUCCUGGUUGCCUGGUGUUCCCUGUGCAAUGGCUACUAGUUUAGUUUCCCCCAAACUGGAUAGCCACUCUAUCCUGUUCCUAUACUGAACAACUCUGUAUUCUUGUGGCUCCCUCCUAGUCUGAUCAAAGCAAAGUCAGUAACCUAUGCUUUUUUGUUCUUCAGAAAAAAUUGAGAGCCUGGGUAGGUGCCCUAGGCAUAGCUACUGCAUAAAGGAACACCAAUCAUUUAGUUUCAGAGUGCAUCCUCCCCACCCAGCCUCAGUCACAAAAGAUAAAGCAAGUAGGUAUGAAGGGAGGCUAACAAGAGGCAUUUUUCUUCCCCCUUCUAUACCACCAGGAGAAGGUGAAUCAGCUGAAGGACGAGGUGCGCCUGCAGUAUGAGAAGAUGCACCAGAUCCUUGAGGAGGAUCUGCGCAAGACGAUGGAGAUCUUAGACAAGGCCCAGGCAAAAUUCUGCAACGAGAAUGCUGCCCAGGUGCUUCACCUCAGCGAGCGGAUGCAGGAGGCCAAGAAGCUGCUCAGCUCCGUUCAGGUCAUGUAUGACAAGACCGAGGACAUCAACUUCAUGAAGGUGAAGUGGGGGGUGUUUGGGGAAGGGGAGGGUCUGGUGGAGCACUUGGCAGCAGGAAUAAGGGAAGGACUUGGAGCUUAUGUGACAACCCCGACCCCAAAAUGGCCGCUUUAAGCUGCCUCAGCUUGACACAGCUUCACUUGCAUCCACAGAAAUGGAAGCUUCUGCUUUUCCCUCCUACCUCCCAUGAAUUAAUUAACUGUUUGGCACAACUUGGGAGUCCCACUCAUUCCCUACACUGGGCUACUUACCUGCCUAAAGAGCAUCAUGAAUGUUGUCUCUUGUGCGGCUAAAUUGAGCCCGUAAGGAUGACCAAGCUUCAGAGGGAAGAGCUCAACCCAGGGUAGUUUCAUCUUCCGAAAGAUCUCAGAGAUGGGGAGUAAUGUUUAUUUGUCCGGGUUACUUCUUGUUUUCUACUUGUGUGUAGAUACUCAAGAACAUCAUGCAAAAUGUGUGUGCCUUGUGACAUUUUAAAUUGUCAUACUGAAAUUGUGGAAGAACUGAUUGGAAAAGGAUUGGGUACCCCUUUCUUUAUGUGUUAUUAAGAGCAGAGGGGUAUUGGACAAAUAGCAGGGAGACUCAGGUUCAAAUCCCCCCCUUGGCCUUGAGCCGUUCACCAUCUCUGAGUCUAACCCACUUCACAGAGUUGUUCUGAAGAGAAGACAGGAAAACUCAGUGUAGGCUACCCUGAGCUCUUUGGAGGAAGUGGUGGCAAGUAGCACAUUAUCAGAAAUGUGGAGCUGGCGGAGCUCUCAGGGCAUAGCCUUGAAUGCACAUUAUGCAGCAUUCAGGCUGAAGCUAAGGCAGCCUGGCCAGGCAGUGCCUGGAGCCCUAAGCCUAAUCUACCUCACAGGAAUGUUCUUUAGAAUAAGGAGCGUCUGGCAACCCAAAGUUAAGGAUUAAUCUAGGAAGGUGUGCUAGCUGCCAUAAGAAACACCAAGCAUUUAAGGCUGGAGGAGGGGGAUGAUAUAUAUAUGGGUGGUUACUACUUUGGAGUAAAGUUCCACCAGGGAAAAGCUCAACAUUUCUUAGGUUCAGGAAGAUGGGAUUUGCAAUAUUAGGUGCUGCUUUGUAUAACAUGUCAUACUAGGAGAUUUACGUCGCACCUGGUGGGGCACCGACAUGUCCCCAACAGGUUUCCCUUUCUGGAUUCCUAAACUGAAUCUUGUCAUGUCAUGCAGCAGGCUAAUGAAUACAAGGGGCAUCUCAACUUGUGCUCUGGUGUAAGAUAUUGCUGAGCAACCCCCUCUCGGGUUAAUCUCCCCAUCACAUAGACCAGAUGGCCCACUCCUCAUUUUAGAAAGACGAUAUGCCCUUGACCCCUUGAACAGUGCUGUCUGUCAAAAAGAGGCUUUCCAAGUAAAUCUCAGCAGCUGAUUGGCAGGGUAUUUACACCCUACUGGAGUAUAUCCCUUUAGCUGAGCUGAUCCACCAAUGUUGGCCUAAUUGUGCUUCAAUAAAUAUCCAGAACCUGGAGUGGUAGCCUGUAGCAAAUGGAUUGUUUUAAUUUUUUUUUUUUGCUAGGGUGCAAUAUAGCUAUAUAAAAUGGCCUUUGAGCUGGAGGAUAGAGUUUUUUGUUGGCAUUGUUCUGACAGUAGGGAGAUGACAUGAGGCUAGAGUGGUGGAGGGAAAUGAAAGCAAUAACCUCUGUAAUCUUGUGCCUCAGAGUUAGUGGUUUGUUCUGGACUGUAGCUAAAGUGACAAGUUAAAGUCUAAAAUCAAGAUGCUGAUUUAACUAUGUUGUUUCUGUGGGGAGCUGAAGUUCCCAUAAUCAUCAUCAUCAUCAUCUGAAUUAAAGAUUUACAAGGCAGUUUCUGCCUGGCACACCUGGUUGCUUUAGAGAGCAUACUCACAAGACGAAUGAAAACGGCCCUUCUAGUUCCACCUUUGUUAUCCUGGAGGAAUGGAGCCAAGCCAUAAAUUACUCAGAAGAAUUCUUCAAAGUGGCAGCAUUUAUUUUGCUUUUGUUAAGGUGUUGUGCACUGCUAAGGACUGAGCUUGAAAUCUGGUGGCAGAUGCUUCCAUUCAACAGAGGGAUGCAAAGGUGUUGUUUGAGUCUCAAAUAAUAGACUUUUGGUAUAGUAACAGCAGCUUAGCAUUACGUAGUACUUCAAAGUGGAUUACAUAUAUUAUCAUUACAACGUUUUUACAACAGCCCUGUAAAACAGCUCAGCUUUAUCUACCUUUAGUUCAUUAUAAGGAGCUGCAUAAUUCCGAGGCUAGUGACCUACAUGGCUCAGUACUGCAGCCCUGACUGGCAUUGGACUUCAGGGCCUUGGCUUUGUCAGCCUUAGCCUUGUUACCUAAGAUCCUUCUGCUGCAGAUGCAGGGACUGAAUCUGGGAUCUCUACCUAUGUGCUUUGCUCUGAGUUGUGGCCUCUCUCAGAUAGUGCUGCUGUAUCUGGGAAGUACAGUGUGUGGCUGUUUGUGAGGAUGGGUGGUUGAGUAAGAGGAAUGUCCUUCAUAUGAAAUCAAUGAGGGUGCGAGGGAGACAAAAGAGAAAUAUACAGAAAUGGGAAAAGGUGCUGCUGCUGUGCCACAAGAGGUCUGCAUGACUUACAGCUUCUGAUUCCAUUUUCUCUAUUGCCUCCUAGAAUACCAAGUCGGUGAAAAUCUUGAUGGAUAGGUAAGAAAUCAAUUUCCUGGCAGUCUGGGUUUGGGUGAAGGAGGGUGCAUGUCUAUGAUACAGCUAAUCUAGAGGAUCUUCUUUGGGGAGAGCAAUAGGUAGCAAAAGGAGUGUUUUGUAGACAUCUUAAGCUACUGUUCCUCCCACAGCAUUGGGGAAACCUUGCGAUAGAGUUCCAUCAGACUGAUCUACUUCAUUCAUGUGGUCCCUGGCAUGUCUAAAAAAACAGCAGGUAAAGGCUGUGGUACGUAGGUGGUCUGUGGACAAAUGCCAGCUCCUUCGGCCUGAAGUGAGAUGAGCACCACACCCUAUAGUUGCCUUUGACUGGACUUAACCAUCCUUAAAAAUCAUACAGCGUCUAGCAUUACAAUUGCUGCAACAGACAGAAAAGUCAUCAAGUGGGGGAGGAGUUUGGGAACUGCUGCUUUAUCGGGGAGUUACAGUCUUGCUAGAAGUAGGGAUGAGGUGCUACUGCUGAAUUCUAGUGUUUAUAUCUUGAGCUCAGCACAGUGCGAAGAAGAGAAGAAGCCUUAUUUACUGUGAAAGAAUUAGGAUGCAUGAUCUGUCCAGCUUUCCUGAAAGAAAGCUGAGAGAAAAAUGGAUUAUAAUGCCUAUCCACUUCCACAGGUAGAAAAUACUUGGUACUAAAGGUAUUUUUUCAUGAAUUGGAGGGAGAUGAGAUGAGAACUGAUUGAUGAGCUGUGCAAAAUCCACUUAAAAAUCAGCACAGCGUUUUCAGGGGCAAUUCUAACCUGCAAGACAGGUUGCUCACACUUUGUAAGAAUCUUGUUGACCAAAUCCCACCUCUAAAAGAGUGUAUCUUCUUGAACUGCACUCAAGUCAUGCCUCUGUCUUAUCUGUGGGUCCUGCCUGUGUUACUUAGCUGUAGGCAAUGUGUGUGUGUGCAGUAGUGGCGCGCAGGGGGGGCGCUCUUACAGCAUUGGGUUCUGCUCUGUAGCUCCACCAUCAAUGCAAAAUAAAAAUAAAAUUAAACUGUGUUAGUGAAACUAGGUAAUUUUGAUCAGUAUUAAUGACAGGAAAAUGUUGAAAGAGAAUAUGGUAGUGGUGAAUGGAAUCAAAGCGAGUAAUGUGGCGCGACACAAAGUCAAGGAAAGAACCAGCUGGCCCAACUCAGAAGGGAAUUACAAUCUGCUUUCCAGCAGAUAGUAGAAGGAGGAAAGUCAGUACAGUACUUCAGUCUGUAAUGUCGUAUAAUGCCCCCCCUUUUUUUAAAGGACCCAGAACUGCACAGGAGGCAGCCUGCCCCCUCCCAAGAUUGGCCACCUCAAUUCCAAGCUCUUCCUGAAUGAGAUUGCCAAGAAGGAAAAACAGUUGCGGAAGCUUCUGGAAGGUGAGUGAUGUCUCUCUUGACCCUUCCAUCUCCUAGGCACACCUGAACCCAGGAGGGAAUGCUCUAAUCUGUCUUUGUAUACGAUACACAGCCUUGGUGUUGCUGAUCAGAGUGGUGCUUUGAACUAGAAAUCCAAAUAUCAUUGAAAGGGUGAGGGUGGGAAAGGUAGGGAGCGGAUGUUCCAUGCCAUGGUUUUCUCAGGGGCCAAGUUUAUUUUUGCUGUAUGUUAUUGUUUGAGAUCAGUCUCUUGGAUUUGACCAUUACUUGUCACCAGCUAGCUACCCUGAGAUUAGGGCAAAUGAUUAAAAAACCCAGAAAAUUCUGCAGUCACAUGUAAUUUCUUCUAUAUAUAUAAAAGUGAAGUAGGAAGUAGCAGUUCUGGAAUACAUCAGACUGUCUUGAGCCUCCCCAGCCCCUAGGCGCAUGGCUUUCAAAGCAGAGGAGAGUGAUCCUAAAAGGGUAUGGGCAGUUUGUUAAGGGUAGUUCUUCUUAUUCCUGCAGUGCGGUUGAUCCCAGAGUAAUCUUGGGGCAAUUUAUGAUCUCUGAUUAGGAAGGAAGGUUUUUCUUUGUCUUUGUCUUGUUUUUGGUACCUGUCUUUCAAAUCAGGAAGAGUUGGAUGUUACACUUGGAAAUACUUGGAUGAUGUGUUUUCAUGACUUAGAGAAACACUCUUAAACAUGUCUAGGUUUGCAACCUUUAACUCUGAUAUUUCAGGCUAGACGUCUUCCUCCUUCCCCAAUGGACAGUGUUGCCUCUGACUUCUCAUUGUCCCUUGCAGCCCCACUCUACUUGGAAGUACUGUCCACUAAAUCUUUGGGAAGGACUUACUUCCAAUUAACAAAUUGUAUAGGGUCUGCAACCUUUUAGUCUGAUUCUUAAGCAUAUUUACUUGCGGCAUUUUCAGGGGCUCACUUAACAUGGCAUAAGUUCUCAGCCAUAGCCUUCCUCUUUUGGUCUCUCUAUUUCCUCUGUAUUUCCAAAUACAAUCCCAGUGCCUGUCAGGUAAGCUCUUAUUACUCUCUGUAAGAAACCUUAAAUGUACAUGCUGUUUUCAGCAUGACUAUGACUCAGCAAAGAUAGUACUCCUGUCAGCCCCCUCUUAAAAACACUUUCACUUUUGGGUUGCAGUAACAAAAACAUCACAGGCAACACAUGGGAGGGGAAAACAUUGCUCUAUAAGUUGGCUGUAGUUUGGCUUCAGCUGGAGUGCUUUUCCAUUUUUGAAAGGGAUUCAGUGUGUGUGUGUGUGUGUGUGUGUGUGUGAGAGAGAGAGAGAGAGAGAGAGAGAGAGAGACUGUGGGUUAAGCAUGCAAAGAAAAGAUAACGCAGCUGAGCUUGACACAAAGAAGGCUUUGGCUAUGGUAUUAGAUUUGACACCCAAAAUAGUGGCUGUUGUGAAGAAGAAGGUGAAUGGGCUGUAUGCCAGGAUCGUAAUGCUCAGGGGUGGGAAACCUCAAGCUCUGGGGGCUAGAUGUGGCCCUCCAGACCUUUUUAAUGGCACUUGGAAUUCUGCCCCCACCCACAGCCCUCACUGCCUCCACAUUUUAUUUUAGUGUUUCUGCUUAGGUAGACUGUAUACUCUCCCGGAGGGAGAGAGGUGUGGCUGGGCAUAUAAAUUGUUUUAUUUGUAGAGAAAGCUCUGGCUUUUGUGUGGCUGUAAUGUAGACAGUCAAACCCAUUGCUCUGCCCACUUUUGCCUUUGGUUCUGCCUACCCCUGGCAUGCCGUGCCCCUCCCCACUGAAAGAAUGCCCAAGGAGGAAUGCAGCAGCAGCCCUCUGGCUAUACACAGUUCCAUGGAGGUAAGUCCCACUGAGUUCAAAGGGACUUACUUCUGAGUAGGCAUGUAUAGGAUUGCAGUGUGAGGCUAGGAUAAGAAGCAGGGGUUUCAAACUGCAGCCUUCCAAAUCUAGGAUAAAUAUUGAAAGGGGGGGGGGAGAGAACCCUCCUGAAUUCUAAAAGCAGUUUGGCAGUAAAUCUAUUUCCCUUCAGCAGAGAUAGAGCUUCCUUCCCUGGGAAUUUUGAAGAAUAAGCUGAAUGGAAAUCUGUCAAAGGUGGUUUAAAUCUAGGGAUAUCAGGGAAUUGGAGUCAGCUCCCUGAUUCUCUGAGUCUGCAAAGAGAAUAGGCUAUGCUGAAAAUGUCUUAUAUUCCAAGCUGAUGAUCAAGAAGCCUUUGAGAAGCUACUAAAUAUGAGCAUUGAUCUGCAACUAGUUUUGCCAAAGGGUGAAAAAGUGCAGGCAAGCACAAGGCUGGAUAGCAGAACAACCAAGAAUAGGGUGGAAAGAUUGCUAAUUAUUGGAGGAGGUUCAAAAAAAGAGAGAAAAGAAUGACUGUUGUGGAACAAGAAGUCACAAUGGUUUAACGAAGCUUUCCCCAACCCAAAACACUCCAGAUGUUUGGGAGUGCAGUGCCAUUAGCCCUAGACAGCAUAGCAGCUGUAAUAAAAAAUAUCUUGAGGACACAAGGUUGAGGAGAGAUCGCUUGAUGGGUCAAAAAGGGAAUGAUCUUCCAGGCAGAGGGAGCAAGCAACAUCUCAGAAGGUUUGAAUAUGAGCUUGGGAAAACAAAUGGCAGGGCUCAUAGAACUCUAGUUGGCUAGAGGUAUCUUGGUGUUUGCUUGCCUGACAUCACCACCAGAAUACCUUAAAAUCCUGGUCUGGAUUUUCAGCCAUAUGUGGACUUGAAAAAUUGAAUUGGCAAGCUUCACCUGCCAAAGAAACUGCAGUGAGAAUCCAGCUCAGCUUUGUCUUCUCCAGGUGUUGCAGUUCUCUCCACCCCCUUAUCCCUUGGUUUCUUAGCCCCUGGACUCUGCUAAAUUACUCCACUAAUAAUACAGAGCAUCCCAAGUCUGGACUUGCCUAGCAAGCAGGGUGUGAGGUAAUUCUUGGCUGGCAGAGGACACUUAAUGCAACCAGACGUUCACCUUGUACCUCCUGUGGCUGGAAUAGGCCAGGGGGUGGGAAAUUAGGGACAUGGUUAAAGGGUUGUGGCUAUAAAGCUUCACCUUUGAGCUCCUGGGAUAGGUCCCCCAAAGCCAUGUUCUGCAUCAAAAACACCUCCAACUCAAUUAUGCAAAUACAAGAAGCAAUGGAUAUUAGCACCAUCUUCAGAUUUUUGGCACUAGACCGUGGAUAUGCCAUUUUGUGAAACUUGUAUUUUCUGUUCAUUUGUUUAGUGUAAGAACUGCAGGCUGGCAGGCAGUUCUGAGUUCUAAAACAGGAAGGGCCUAGGAUGUUGCCUUUUUCUGUAGUGUUUGGCACUAUGCAGGUCUUCUCUGCCAGAUUAUAGAGGACAUUAUGUGGUCACAGAUUUUCUGGUUCCACAUGCCUCCGAAGGAUCAUUCUCUGACAUUUAGUACUUGGUGAGUUUAUCCUAAAACAAAGCCCCUUAACUUGCUUCCAUGCCGGGUUUGUUUACAUAGUGGAAGAACUAAGAGAACAGUGAGCAAAAUGCCAGGAAAAUCUGUAAAUGAUUGGCGACUCUUUCCCCCAGCUUGUGUUCUUGUGCUUUUUAGUAUGUGGUUGUGAGGUCAGACCUUAUACUUUGACAUUCUCUGCCGAGGCCUAUAUUGCUGCAUGGAAAACUGGGCAAGUGGAUCUCUGCCGGAGGAGGGGAGCGGGGUGUUGCUUCUAGUUGGCUCACGGAACUUGGAAAAGAGGGCUGCCUUCUUGCUCAAGGUGACAGCACGUUGUCUUCUCUGUUUCCUUCAGGUCCCUUCAGCACCUCGGUGCCGUUCCUGCAGAGCAUCCCUAUGUACCCUUGCAGCGUCAGUAAUUCAGGAGCCGAGAAGCGCAAGCACUCCACAGCUUUUCCGGAAGCCAGCUUCUUGGAGCCCUCUUCGGGACCUGUGGCCAGCCAGUAUGUGAGCCAGGGGGCUUCGGCUGCUGAAGGCCAGUCUGCACAACCCAUGGUGCCUUGUAGCUCCACCCAGCACAUAGUAGGACUUCCCAGUGGCCCCCAACCAGUUCACUCUGGCUCGAUGUUCAACCCUUCUCACUACCCCAACAGCACAUCAUCUCAGCAGUCUGUGCUGUCUCAGUAUGGUGGGCGCAAAAUCCUUGUCUGCUCGGUGGACAACUGUUACUGUUCCUCAGUAUCCAAUCACAGCGGGCAUCAACCGUACCCACGGUCAGGCCACUUUCCAUGGACAGUGUCGUCGCAGGAAUAUUCCCACCCCCUCCCACCUGCUCCCUCCGUACCUCAGUCGCUUCCGGGAUUGGCAGUGAGAGAAUGGAUUGAUGCAUCUCAGCAACACGGACGCCAGGAUUUCUAUAGAGUUUAUGGUCAGCCUUCCACCAAACACUAUGUCACCAGUUAACCAUCUGGUUUGGAUAGAAUCUUUAUUGAUUUUUGAAAGUUUUUUUGUUUUGUUUUUUAAUUAGCUUUUGUUGUCGUUGUCGUUUUUAAAUCAAACCCAUUUCCAUUAUUCCCUACCACUUGCCAGAAUCUGAGAGGGGCAUUGCUGUCAUCUCUGUCUUUAAUUUAAAUUUUUUUUUUUAAUCUUCCUUUGUAUCAGGAUGGGCGGGAGGGUGGGGGAAGCUGUGGAAAAAAAAUUUAACAAGAAUAUCAAUCAAGCAUCUAUUUCUGGAUCAUGUGACAUUGCUACUUUCCGGUUUGGAAAACUUUUAAAGGGACAGAUGAUCCUUUUCUAUUUCAAAGUCUCUGGGCUCUUUCGGUUUUGCUUUUUAAAAUUCUUUUUCGCCUCCCAUUUUUUUAAGAGGAGAAAAUUUCUAUCAUUGAUUCAUUAAGAAAUGACAUUUGUAGAUUUUUUUUUUAAAAGGCUGAUUUUUUUGUGUUAAAAGACCACGUAUCGUGCAUAUUGGCAUUUUUUUUCCUUCUUCUUUCAGAGAUUUGUAAAUACACAAUGGCAGGAAAUGAAAUGCACAAAAAAAGGGAAAAGAAACUUUUAAAAAAAGAAAUAAAAAAAUCUGUUUUAGUUUCCAGGAGGGAAGUGUGUGUGUCAAGAUGCACACAUUCCUUCCUGUGUUUCGUUGAUGCAACUUCCUCUAACAAGCACUUUGUAUUAAAAAAAAGUGGACUUCCUGUUAUAAGGUGCAGGUAUUUAUUCUGUAACCAAUUUUAGAACACACACAAAAAAUAUUCAAAUAAAUGUGAUCACUUAGUGCA